ACAGAGCAGGAAGAGAUGUUAACUGGCCGUCUGCCAGGUAGAUAUCCAACAGAAGAUGCUGGCUGUUUGCCUGUCAAACACGACAAGUGGACCUCAACUUCUGGAUCACUGGAUCAAAGAUGAAACCACAUGCAUUUAGGUACUUUGCGGCUACAACUGGGCCUGUUUGUGCAGUUCGACAUAGUAGAAGUUAUAGGGUGCGGCCUGCUGUCACUACCUUGCUAGCUAACACUGCUGCUAACGUUAUGAUAUUUAGCGGUUAGCUUGAUCACUGUAUUUCCAGGAUCUUCAACAGUUAUAGUCUAGAGACUGUCUGGCUUGUUGAGCAGAUCAAUCGUAGUCAUGUUAAACUGAGCAGAAAUGGAAUACAUGAGGCUACAGCUCAUUUUCGUAAUGAUGGGCAUAACGCUCAGGAAAUAAAUGAAGACAUAGGAUUAGCUAACGUUUGCUCUGUGUGUAGAAGGGCUCAGGAUUUUCUCCAAGAUCUAGAUUAAAUCUGUGAUCGAGUCAGUAUUUAUUUUGUUACUGUUCAUCGCCCACCACGUUUAACCUAAAAUGAACAGAGUGUUGUUUCAAUGUAGAGAACCGCGUCGACUUAAUAAUGUCUGUAAACUGUUGAAGCGGUAAGAGCCAUCUGUAAUACACUACCCUCGAUAGAUGCCCCUUUCUAUUAGUUUUUGUAAUCAUCUAAUGUUAGAUGUCCACCACAUCCUAAAAACAUCAAGAAGUCAUUUGGUUCUGGUUUCACGUGGUCUUUGAUGGUUAAACUGCUGCUGUAUCAAUUAUUUGAGUCCCUCAAACGUCACCAGGAAAAGAUUGUAUAAUAUCUCUUGGGUGUGGAUUUUUAUGCAGCAAGGUCAGACUUGUACUUUGGCAAGAUUGGUCAAAUCUCCCUGACAUCUAAACACAUCAAUAUCAGACAUCUGACUGUCUGUUAGACUCCACACUUUCAUGUUGAUCUUGAAUAAGAAUGUGGUCACGCAAACAGCCAUUGAAAUAUUUGAGUCGAUACCAGCAGUUUCUGUUUCGGAAAGGUUUUGUGAUGCUUGAUUUUGCUUUGAUUGCUGCAGUCCCUAAAAAAACAGGUCAAGUUUUUAGUGAAUUACGAAGUUUCUUAAGUACAAAAUCCAGCACUGGCUAGUCAUUUGUGUGUUCCCCUGUCCUCUGAACUUUAUUGGGAUAACAGAAACAUGGACUUCCCCAUAGUGUCCUUCAAAUUGUUGUUGUUGUUGUUUUUUUAAUGUUGCUGCUGUCCCUGUCUCUCUCUCUCACCCUUGUUCUGUACUCUCUCUCCCUCCCUACUCAUUCUCACUCUCCUUCCCUCUAUCUUGUUCUCUUUCUCUCCCCCUGCCCUCUCUCCACUCCUCUCUCUCUCUCUCUCUCUCUCUCUCUCUCCCCCUGUCUCUCUGUAUUCCUCCCCAACCCAGCAGCGACAUGGUGGCUGUCUAGCAUUAGUCUGGUCCUGCUCAAGGUUUCUUCCUGUUAAAAGGAGGUUUUUUCUUGCCACUGUUACUCAUGUUAGAUGAGAUGGGCCAAAUCCCAUCUUAGGUUGGGUCUUGAUAAUUCAUCAAACAAUGUGCGUGGUCUAGACCUGCUGGAUGACGAUUGUUGUGAAUUGGCACCAUAUAAAUGAAAUUUGAUUGAUUGAUUGAAAUGCUUGUUGAUAGAUGCACUGCUACAAGAUUUGAUGCCAUAAAAUGUUUGGUAAGAGCCAAAUGGCUUUCUUAAAACAGACAGAGUAUUCAGGCUGACAGCGUUUCCCUCUUCUCCUAAAGUUUGAAUCACUUAUAUGAACAGGCUGGCCUUUAUAUUUUUAAGAUAGCCGCUAGAAAUACAGCCUAUCAUGAUCAACAGUAAUAACUAUGAUCUUCCUAGUUUAAUCACAUAGCAUUGUGAAACUGAUGCAUACAGACAUUAUAUAGUCAUCAGGAUCUCUGCUCUCUUUUUUCGUACACAAGUCUUUAAGUUGUUGUUCUUUGUAGGGCUGCUGUCCGUUGAAAUGAGUAUUUGCUUCCUGUCUUAUUUGAUAUAAUAAAUAAACCCACAGCCUGAACUAGAAUGGAAAUAAUACCAAGUGAGUAGCUCUCUUCAAGUGUGCUGUAGCAUAUGCAGGUCUUCUGUCAUCAUCCCAAUGUCUCGUAUUUCACAUUAUGUCUUUGUAUAACAGUCAGAAAGACAAAGCUGGUGGUACCCUGAUAGGUUGGAUUCAGAUUUUUUCUUACAGCCAGAUUAACUUGCGGUGGUUUGAAUGAAGGUAUGUGUUUCUGUGAAUGUCUUUGUGUCUGAGUGUAGUGGAAUUCAAGAGUGCGAUGCAGACCCGUGGUAUCCCAGCGUACACUUAACCUUCCACCAGCCCCCUAACAAACAGAAAAAUUAGAAUAAUCCCCUCUGUAGAAACAAAGUCCACUUCACCGGCUGUGGCCUAUAUCCUUCUUACAUGCCAAGAAGUUACAGAUACAGCUCUUUGUGACCACAUGAGAUGUUUUGCUUUGCAAGAAUGUGCUAAAAACGCUUCUGGACUCAGCCCCUAUGAAAGCAGCAGGAUUGGCAAAAGUUUUGAAGUCAGACAAAACAAUUCCAAACUUGAUGUCUUACUCAGUGUAACACCGUUCUGUAGCUCUUAAUGUAAUAUCGUAGCUUUUUGGAGAAUAUUUAGCCUCUACAUGCACAAUAUUGUGAUGUACCACAAUAUUGAUCCCCAUGCACAACUUUUCAACAAGCCAGUCAGUCUUUUAAUUCUCCUCCCUUGUUUAAUGAUCUCCGCAAAACAAGGCUGUUUAACUGUAAAACAAAGUGAUGUUCUGUGCAUAAUCAGUUGUGACCUUGAGAACAUUAUCAAAGUGAAUUUUUUUUUUUUUUUUCAUGAAAAAUAGUCAUAGACUUGAGUUGGUUGUCUAGAGAUUGGAGCGUGCUAUGUUAAUAUAUUGUAAAUAUAAUUUGUUUUUCAUCAGUGAAAUAUUGAUUUGUAGAUUAGUUGCAUACUGGUGGUGCAAAUUAAAUUCAAAUAACAGGCACAGUUUUUGUUCACUUUCAACUGAAUUAACUGUAGUCAAAGUAUUUCAUCUGUUCUAUUUUGUGUGCCUUUCAGCUUCAGAGGAAAUGGGAAGGCAUGCAGUAGAGUUUGAAAUGCAUACAGUAGAGCUUAACUUUGAAAUAAUGUGAUAUUCUAAUUUUGCAGCUGUUGACAUCAGCCGGAGAGUUUGAAGCCAUGGAUGGGCAUGUUGUCAAAAACAAUGAAAGCACUUUCCCCAGCUUUGUUGAUCUGGAUGACUUUCUCAACAAGCACAACUCCAACUUCAUCUGGCUCCUUGUUGGUAAGUGGUCUAUGUCUAUACUGUGGUGAAAUACCCAGACCAGUGGAUUUUACUUCGGAUUUCAGUUUCAGACACAGUAGAUUGUAAUGUUUAUGUGGCAUAUUGUAUGCGUUUUUACAAGUAAUUUUUGCUGUUUGCUAUUUAUUCUUUGUGUUUUCAUUGUGUCAGAUUUCAUGACAUGAAAAAAACGUAUUCUUUACAAUGAAAAAGUGUGUUAUUUGAUAUCAGAAUAGAUAAAGAUUUAUUUAAAAGUAUUGACAUAUUAGAUAACAACAAAAAUACAAUGUUGUGCACCCUUACUUGAAAUGAUCAAAAAUCUGUGAUAUUUACAGUAUAUCAAUGGUAAAAUAUGAUGUCAAGGUCCAUGUUUCUCUAAACCUACAUAACUGAUGUGGACAAAUCAUUUAAAACAACCAAAAAGCCUUAAGCCUUUUUGUACUGAAACAUUGUUUACAUUUUCUUGCGUUAACAAACCUGACCUUGUUUUGCUUUUGCUUUUCAGCCACCAUUCUCUCAUGUGGAUGGAUAAUCUACUUAACCUAUUACAACUCCCGCAACAUUGGCCUCAUUCUCACCCUCAUCAUCAACAGGCUUUACAAGGAGGGCUACAUUCAUAUUGGUGUGUGGAACAGGAGCUCUGUUACACAGUGAUGAAUAGAGAAAAAGAGAAUUACUAAAGAAGUCAGUUAAAGUUGUUGACACGGUCUGCUGGAGACUUUACAGCCAGUGACUAUUCUUCUUCACAGUCUUUAGCAGAUUCAAUUUUGUGUCAUUUUUUACAGAAAUGACACACAACUCAAGCACUAUUAUGACAUGUAUUUGAAUGUCUGCCUUUAUUGUGGUGGGUAGGUUGUUAAGUUUCUUAAACAAAGAGAUGUUAUGCAUCCUCUCUGUUAUAAUGUCCACACCACAAAUCAACAAAAAAGGAAGUCUAGCAUGGUCAUAAUGAUGGCAACUGUGUACCACAAAAUUGCAAAAUCAUUGUAUCAUUGUUGGAUUAAGUCAUAGCAGUUUGUUCACAAAUACUUAAUGCUCUCAAUUUAAAUGAAAGUCAGUGAUUACAAAGCAGCAUCAAAGCAUGGCUUAUUUAUGCUUAAAUGCUUCUUGUACUGCCACAAGUGUGAAUUCUAAUGAGUCCCAGAAGUAGUUUUGUUUUCCUUUUCUUUCAAACAUUAAAUAGUAAUAGAAAUAGUACAUUUUAUUUAUAAGCGCCUUUUUAAACACUCAAGGUCACUUUACAAAGUAAGAACAGCAGCAUAAAACAACAAGAUAGGAGCAAUAGAGAUGAAAAAAAAAGAAAAUGAAAUACAUACAUACAUAUUUUUCAACAAGUCUUAUGUUUCCAGGCAUGGUAUUUUCAACAAAGAUUGUUAGUGCAUACAGUUUUAGAAAUAAGCAGACACACUGUAACAGAAUCUUUUGUAAAACAUACUAGAAUGGUUUUGACUCAACUUCCAUAACACAACUUGAAAAGUUUAGAGUGGGUUUGAACAUUCUUGGAGGUGCGUUUUUUUAUUUCAAGGCCAGGAACUAGAAAACUGUUGCAUGGCUUCACAUGGGGGGUCAAGUUUCUAAAUGAGCAGAGUUGCACAUCCUCUCUUUAGUCAGCCAGAGGACAAGUGAAAAAAGAAAAACAAAACAAAAAACACGAGUGUCAUAAGAAUUCUUGCUUAGAAAUCUAGUUUAAGUUUAUUUUUGCGAUUGUUUUACAAUACGUUCCUGAAUUUGAUUGAUUUUUCCUCUUUGAUCAGAGAGAAAUAAUAUAAUGCUUAAACUCUUUUGUACCUUACAUUAAAUCUUACUGUCUCUCCACAGGCUCCUUUUCCUUUUCUGUGCUGUCAGGGAAGAUUAUGUUCAGAGAUGUCUUCUUCAUCAACCAAGACAUGUCAAUCAGGUAACCUAUCAUGUCAUGGCUGUGUUGUUUGUUACUUCUUUGUACUUCUGUUAGCGCUUAGCUUGGUUACUGAUGAAGUAAUAAUUUUUCUUGCAGAAUUCAGGAUGGCUUCCUCAUAUUUCGCUGGUGGAAGAUGUACAACCCAAAACAGAAACAGCAUGGUGAGGGGAUAAGAAAUGUGGAACUUGGAACUUGUUUCACCAACCAUCCUGAAAUUGUUUCAGAUGUGUUUUGCUCAUCCUAUAACCAUCCACACUUCAUUAAUUAACAAGUUCUGAUAUUGAUAACAACUACAAAGCUUUCCAGUUUUUUAUGACCAUGUUCUAAAAACUUCAGGAUAAAUCAAUAACAUUAUAAACUCUGAAUGUCCUUUCUUUGUCUUUUUGUUAGACCCCAAGGCAGAGACCAGGCUUUACGUGACGGUGAAUGGCUUUGAAUUUCACGUGUACAACAGGACUGACCUCUACGCUCGCCUGCAGAAAACCUUUGGACUUGAACCCACUCUCAUUACACCCAAAAAAGAUGAAGAGAGUGGGCCGGAGGAUAGAGAAAAAACCCUGGAAAGGUGCUUUGAAGGCAACAUCAAACAAUUUUCCUUGUAUCUCAUGUCAGGAGGGAAACGGCUUAAAGAAUUUCUGAAUGAUUCAAAGUUUUUCAAGAAGGGGCAAAAUUAAAAGGCAAUGAAUAUUGAUAUUUCUCUUGAGACUGAAUAGCUUCUUUCUUCUUCUUUUUAAGUGUGAACAUCAAGUCAGAGAGCCAAGACCCCUCAUCAUCAUGGCGCUCCCUCAUUCCUGUCAUCAAAGUCAACAUCAGCACGGUGAGCGUGAGGCCAGUUAAAAAAGCGAAUCUUUAAAGCUUUAAAGAGAGAAGAUUUUAAUGUGUGUAAGCCAUGUUCCUUCAUUGUGUCUGCCUGUGCCCUGAAGGGUCGUUUGGCUUUUGGAAAUCACCACCUCCCACAAACUUUGUGUUUGAACUUCGAGGAUGCCUUCCUGACAUAUGCUACCAAGCCUCCAUCCAGCCACCUGGACCAGUACAUGCACAUUGUUAAGGGCUCACUGGAGAAUGUACGUGUCAUGCUGGUUCCCAGUCCACGCUACCUUGGCAUGCAGAAUGAUGAGUAAGUUUUCUUACAGACAGUUUAUCCACAGUUUCUUUUAAAGGUAGUUUGAGCUUUUCUAUAUAAAUUCUCCAAAAUAAUGGUCUGUGCAACAUUUUAAGGGGUUGAUUCAAAUGUUGAAUUAAAUUAUUUUACCUUUAAAAAAAAAAAAAAAGGUACAGUAAAUUUCCAGUAAAUCCAGUACAUUUUCCUGCAUUAUGUGGAUGUAUUAAAUGUACAGUAUUGGUAUUGGUCAACUGUCACUUGCAAAUGGCCAAAAGGUUAAAUAAGACAAUCUUUUUCUCCAUUGAAAUUUGACCCUCUGUAGCUAUGCUCUGACUGCAGUCAUAAAAAAAUCAUCAACCUUUUCCUGCACUUCAGUUGUUUCAGUUUGACUUUCAGAGUUUAAUUAGAUCAACCCCGAGGGACUAAGAAGUCAGAAACUCUGCAAGUUUAGCCUCUAGAAAGUCAUUGAUGAUGUUUGACCUCUGACUUUCAAGUUCUUAACUUUUCUCUAAGCAUGGGAAGAUUCACUUGGAUGACUGAAUAAUUCAGAGAGUGUUUUCUCUUCAGGACAAAGCUUUACUGUUGACUGCAGUUAAAUGCAUUCGCUCAACUGCUUAAUACUUUUGAGGUGAAUAUUUAGCUGAUAUGACCUACAAAAGACAGUAAGAACAGUCUGCAGAUAUCCUUUGCAUGUAGGUAAUUUCUGGCCUCAUAACUGUGACUUUGUGGUUUUACUUAGACCUCCCAGACUGAUGGGUGAAGGCUUUGUGGUAAUGCAGUCCAACGAUGUGGACAUCUACUACUACCAGGAUGAACCAGGUAUGCUUAUGCCCACAGGAAAAACAGUAAACAAAAACACACACCCUUAUAUAUUAUUUUGAUUGGUCAAUGUCUUUUGGUUUUAAGAUUUAAGAUUAGUUUCUACUGCUGAUAGUUUGUAUUGAAUGUAUUGUUACAAUCAAUGUUUCAAAGCAGACGUACAUAGCAGCCAAUGACAGUAGUGUUUUACAAUACAGUACAAGAACGUAAUUGAUCCCCAAAAGGAAUUUCGUUUGUCUGGAGUCUCAUGUUAUCUACUAUUUAAAGAAGAAUUAUAAAGUCUGAUUGCUGUGGGUACAAAAUAUCUGAAUCUUUCUGAGAGAAGCCACCACCAUUGCCCCUUGGUCUAACAAAAACAAAUGCUCACCAUUUAGUUCUUUAUACAUGUCUCUUUUGGACCCUGAUUUAUCUUGUCUUAUGUUAUUUUCCUCACACACCCAUGGCGGUUUUGGUUUCCUGUUGUGUAUGUUUUUUAACUUUUGUUAUAAAAUUCAUUGGAUUUCUAUUUAUUCAUUUAUUUCAAAAAAGACAAUAAGUUCCGACCAAAUCAAAGAGGUUGUUGUAUACUCUGCCAUACAUUUCAGCCUGUCUGAAUUGUGACCCUUUUAUGCGCGACUGCUGGUAGAAACUUUCACUUUGCUUUGAUGAUUUUAGGGAGUUUAAAUCAUAUAUUUAUGUGAUGUUGUUAAAUAUGUGUUGUCAGGGCUAAGGGCUUAAACUCUGUGUGUAUAUCUAGGUCUGGUGCCCAUGGAGCAAGAGGGUGUGGAGGAAGCAGAGACAUGCAGUGAGGAUGAUAAGCUUCAGGACCUGCCUCCUUGUUGGGGUUUGGACAUUGUCUGUGGGAAAGGGACUGACUUUAACUACGGUCCUUGGGCGGAUCGUCAGAGGUAAGAACUGAUUGUGAAAAAAUCUUGCAAACUUUGUCCUGUUUAAGAAUUUUAACUUUAAGUAACUCAUAAAUCUUGCCACAAUUCAGUUUAAGUUAAUUGUAAAGCUGCUUCCACUGCAAAUAUUCAAACAUAAAUCAUACACUGAAAUAUUCUCCUUUGCAUACAUUUACAAUAUAUGACUCACACAAUUGCAGAAAACUGUUGCAAUAAAGCUAAAGCUUUCAGGAAGUUUUUAAUCCUGACUUCUACAGGGUGGGAGAUUGGCCUAACUGCUGCAGUCUUAACACUUACAUGAACUUCUCUCUCUCUCAGGGACUGUCUGUGGAAGUUCUUCCUCCCGGCUGACUAUCAAGCCAUGAAAGUGACUGAGGUUGCCCAGCCAGGAAAACCCAGGCAGAUCCAGGCCUUUGAGCUCCGCAUGAACAUUAUCGCUGAUGCAACCAUUGAUCUACUUUUUACCAAAAACAGGGUGACUCAUCAACACACUCUUUAUACUUUUUAGUUUGUUCUUGUCUACCCAUACUCCUUUGUCCUCCCUCUACUUCUCUCUUUGUGUUUCUUGUCAUUUAUUAUCAGUUUGAGCCACAGAUAUUGAUUUAAGUUUAAUGCCUCUUCAAAUUUUACCCUUGAGCUGUGUAAGGACUUUUAAAAAGCUCAGUAUGUGGAGUGCUUACUAAAUAUCAUAACAUAAAUGUGUUUGAAUGAAAAUGUUAGAUGGCUUGAGUCAGGGAAAAUUGUCAUUUUAUCAUUAUUAUUUCUAAUUUAUUGCUGAGGUGUCCUUUAAUAGUCUUACAGCAAGUAGGUUUGCUUAUUUUAACCCAAUGGCCUGUUGUCAUCCCUGUUUCUAGGAGACCAAUGCUAUCCAUAUGAAUGUAGGAGCAGGCUCUUACUUAGAAGUCAACAUCCCCAUGACUGUAGGUGAGAAUGGUAAGUGGAUCAAUUUUUACACAUUCUAUGCACAUAGAAGUUCACAUCAUACUCAGAAUUCGUUCAUUCUUUAGGUCUUUUGAACUCAUUGUUAUUCCACACUCAUGAUAAGCAGCUUCAUUGAAAUUCAUUAUGUACACAUAAGAUUUUCAUGAAAAUGUCAUAUCAAACAAAAAAAAUAGUUUUUUUUUUAUUUGUAUUCUUGUCUUUAUAAAUAAUUAAUUUACAAAGUUUAUGUUAAGAUUUAUUUUCAACAUAAACUUUAUCUCGUAAUUUUUAUCUCUUGAGAUUAUCGCAGCCCCUUCCCUUCUUGUAACUACCAGGCUGUAAGGAAGUGUCAACAAUUUGAGCAGAAUUUAUCAUAUUUACAACUUGAUAAAGGAAAAUGUGGAAACUAUAAGGAUGGUUUCCUGUACCUGGAACUCAUCAUAUACCAUUUUGAAUAACUGUUUAGGAGUUCCCCAGUGUUUCCUUAAUACCAGAAAUCUAGAAACAAGAUUUUGAAAAUUACAAAAUAAUUGAUCACACUAAACUGAUAAUGUCUUGUCAAUCAGUGCUCUCCUCUGUUCUGGGAUUGUAGUUAACAUAACAUAAGCAGCUUUUAAGGUUUUUUUUCUGGUAGAUGAAAUUACUGGCAUGAACUUAGCUAUAACUUAACUUAGCCCUAUUGUGAUAAUUGAUGGCCCUGCUUUUCUUUCUUUCCCUUUUGACCUCAGGCUACUCUCCAACCAUCAAAGGCCAACUGCUUCAUGUGGACACCACCAGUAGCAUGCUGUACAGGACUCUUCUGGAGGCUGAGAUGCUUGCUGUAAGUAGGAGGCAGUUAUUUGAUAAGCCUUGAGCAGAACUUUAAAAGUAUAAUCACUUUCUCCCCAGUAUAGUAUGCAGGGUAAAGUUUAGCAAAUGUGCAUGUACUUUGGGUUUUCUGAAAUGUUUUUUGCCUUUUCAGUUUCACGUCAUCGCAAGUUAUCCUCGGGUGUGGAACAUGCCUCAGUCAUGGCAGUGUGAGAUUGAAGUGUACAAGGCAACUUACCACUUCAUCUAUGCCCAGAAAAACUUCUUCACCGGUGAGUCCCAAAACAAACAGACAGACAAAACACUGACAACAUGUUAGAAAUAUGGAAAAUAACUGAUGAUAAGAAGAAGAUGAAGAAAUCUUACACCAUUGUGCUUCUUGGGAAUUUUUUUAUUUUCAAAAAGCAAAAGGAUAUUGAAUUUGAAUCGUUCACGUUAUUCUUAAAACGUCACUACUUAUUGACGAAGAUUAUGACAAAAAGCCAAAAAAAUAAAUAAAUAAAAAGAAACAGACCCAGCUGGUUGGCAAAAAUUAGCAAUAACACAAGUUUAGGAUGAAGCGAUACGCUUUAAAAAGAUUUUUUUUUUUUUUUAUCCCUGCUUUGACUUUUGUACCCAUAGAUGUAAAUCUAUUGAUGUUAAUUUUUCUUUGCCUGUUUCUGAGUUGACGUAUAAUUUUGAAUAUAAAAGUUAUUUUAUAUAUCUAAGAUAUGUGUGCUGUUUUUUCUGUCUUUUCUAUGCAUUUGUCAAUGACAGCAUUUGCAUUUUAUUACUGCAACAUGUGGAAUUUGUAUAAAAACCACCAACAUUUUUGCUUCAUCACUGUUUCUUUUGUCCUUCUUAGAUUUGAUCCAGGACUGGGCGAGUGACAAUGCCCCAGACAUCUACUCCUUUGUCCCGUACUGCUGGAAGUUCAAAAUUCUUUUCCACCAGUUUGAGAUGAUCUGGGCAGCUAACCAGCACAACUGGAUUGACUGUUCCACGAAGCAGCAGGAAAAUGGUAAGUAAGCUGAAAAAUAAGAUGGAAAAUAAUCCAAUUUAAGUUUUAGGGUCGUAAUAAGUUUUUGUGUAACUCAUGUGACAGAUUCUAUGUAAAGCAUGUCAAGUUCUUUAUUAGUUGUAAUCAAGGCUCCAAAUAUCUACAACAGAUAUCUUCAGAUCCCAUCAUGACAGAUGAUAGCUUAAUGCUGCAUUAACAUUUGCACUGAAAGUCAAUUCCAUCAUAGGAUACUACAUCAUAACUAAUUAAUCUUGAUAUAUGAACUCUACACAGUGGCAGAGCUGGGGAGACUAAUCAGUUGCUUUAUUGAUCUUCUAUAGUGUACUUGGCAGCAUGCGGGGAGACACUCAAUAUAGACUUCACUUUGCCUUUCAACGAGUUUGUCCCAACUACCUGCCAUACACGCUUCAUUUUGAAGGUGAGUGCUGUCAUAUUUAAAAAAAAAAAUGCCUAUUUUUAUUUUCAGUGAUAUGAGUGUGAGUAUAUUUUCAUUUUAUACAUAUUUUAAAAGAUGUACUACUACAUAUCACAUCAGAAGAUUUAAUUUGUAUCUUUGACACAAGCCAUGAAAAAGCCUGGAUCACUUCAUUGCCCUGAUUUGUCUUUGUUCUCAGGCCGAAGAUACAGACAUGCGUUUGUCCCUGCCAGAGUGUCAUCCCAGCCGCUACCCCCUUCUCACCCAAGCCAAAAACUACCAGAAUGUAAAGCUGCCCCCAGACAUGUUCAUGCCAGGGGAAAACCAAGGGGCUCCCCCUCCAAAGCCCACAAAGUCUCGUUGGAGGAACAUAACCAGUGCAGAGUGAGUGGAAAUUGGAAGUUAUCUCUUUGUAGUUGAGGGUGAAAGAAGUAUGUCUCAGGCCCGAACUACACAAAUGCGGAUAUAUUUCAAACCGCACAUAUUUAUGUCCGAUUAGGCCUCCCUACCACACCAAAACGGGAGUUGGGAGCACUCAGACCGGAUAAAUCUGAACCCGGAAAAACAAGCGGAGAAUAAAAAGAUAUCCGUAUAAGUGGAUUCGUGUGGUUGAACUUUUACGGAUCGAUGACGUCAAACUGCAGCUCGUGCAUGCGAAUUAAAAACAACAACAACAACGAUGGCGGACAGACAGGGUAUUCUUUACGUUUGUUUUGCCCUUUUGUGGCUAAUUUCAGCCUUGACAGUGAACCUUGUUUUAUACAAUUACAUCCACCAGUCAGCCAGCUCACAGAGGCGUCUGCUUUGUUAUAGCCGCCACACCGUCACAUGGACCAAACAAUGCAUGACGCAUCACGCUGUUACGAUUCAUCGGCCAAUCAGGUAGCUUUGUUCCUGAAUUAUUUUUAAGCGGCACCAGAUAGGAGUGAGUUUGACGGCUUUGUGUGGACGCAGAUAUUUUUGAGAACUAACACGUGUGGACAGAUACAUUUAUUUAGACGGGAGAACAAAAAUAUCCUGAUAAAUAAAUAUCUGUAUACGUGUAGUCCGGGCCUUAGUGAAGAGCAGGAUUAUUCCUUAUUGUGACACUGACUCUAUUCAAUGCUUAUUUAAAUAGGAAAUGUCAUGGAGGUGGUGAUUCAGUUAUUGCACCACUAAAUUCAAAUUUUUAUGCUUUGAUUGUGUCAAUAAUUGAUAUUUCUGUCAGUUUUACGAGACAGAUUAGAUGAUCAAUACUUAACAUAGUUAAACCGCAGCAAACUUUUUUUCCCCAACAAAGGUCACUGUCGGUGUGAAUGAAGAGCCGAACUAGUUACUCCUUUUCCCAAAUGACUACCCUGGACACAAUUACAAAAUUAUUUUAAUCAUUUAUUAUGCUUGCGACACAGAUAUGAUGGCCAGUGCAGCCUUUAACUAAUCCAUCUUCUGCUUACUUUGGCUGAGCGCAUACGUGACUGAUGGAAAUAAUAAGCAAGCCUCUCGAGAAUUUCAGCUUGCGAGACAAACAGGCUGCUAAUGUCCUUAAAUCAUAAAUCCUUAGACAUAAGUUAGCAUGGGGAAAUCAGCGGUAAUGCUAGAAACCAUAUUUAAGAAAAUUCUUUACUGUGUGUUUUGAUUAGAUUGACCCAGGUUGAUGAUCUGUUUACACGAUGGAGACGUGACAGAUUACCCACACUGCAGCUGGACAACAGGGGCAGUCUCAAACUUUUCUGCUCUAUUUUUCAAUGCUUUCAUAUUCUCCAUCUUUCCUACAGUCUAUGUAGUCUAUUCCCGUCUUACACACUCUUUUGAGGUUGGUGAAAGUAAAAACAAAACUGUCAGUGAACCUUUGCAAGUAGGGUAGCAUAUGCAGUGUGUAGUUUAACCAGACGUCUAUGUCAUUUAUUAUAUGCAGCCCCAAGUCAGACCAGAGUGAUGUAGCUCCGUGAGAAACACACUGACUCCCCGGGGUGUUUAUAAUUGAAUUCUAACAGGGCUGAUACACUCUGUGUUAAGCGUAACCAGGUGUUGACCAGUCUGCUGAUUUGAACCUCUGCUGAGUGUCCUUGAAUAGAACGGGUCAUAAAGCAAACAAUGAACUGGAAAAUUCACUUGAAACGAUGAUAAACUCUGCGAUAUGACUCAGUGUUGAGUUGACAUGUUUUUUCUGCCCUCUAUCAGAGCUGGCUGGGUGGAUUGCUGGAGUGUACCCAACUUCUUGCUGAUCAUUGACUAUACCUGGCAUCCUAUAUAUCCCCAGAAAGCUGAUGAGCAGCUCAAACAGUCAUGUAAGUUACCUGCUUUAGCAUCAUUUUAUUAUGUAUUACACUGAAGACAAUAGGGGUGUAACGAUUCAUUUUCAUUCAUUCAUCAAACCCACUUCAUGAAAAUGUUGUAGGAUUAUUGGUGGUAUAAAUUGGGGGUGUAACAAUUUGUUUUAACAAUGAUUCAUGGUUUCCAAUAUGAUUCAAGGAUGAUAUUGGUUAAUUUAGAACAGUACGAUCUGAAACUAUUCAGUAACUUUUUUUGCCAAAAAUUUAGCCAGUGUGACUGUGAAAUAAAUACCUGGAUACUGGACAGUGCAGGUGAAACUUCCCAUAUUCCUGUUGGUUCUUGGAAGGGAAUCAGGUUAAGUUAAUUAGUUAUGAACAAAGAAGUAAACGACAAUUAACAGCAAAUGCAUUCAUGUUUUAUUUGAAUAAAGUGCAACUUACUCCAGGUUGAAUUAACAGGAGAUUAACCUUUUCUGUUCUCAUUUUCAAUAUUCAAUAGAUUUUGUAGUAGAUGAAUCGUUACACCCCUAGAAGACAACCGUGGGACAGUAGGCAUUACGGUGUAGAAGAUGUAAUCAUGUUCAUGUUCUUGCGUUUGUUGCUGUAACUCAUGGAUGUCAUGGAUGACCCUUGUUUUGUAUCUCUAGUGUCUGAGAUGGAGGAAUCCAUGCUCUCAGCUCUGCGUCCCCCAGAACACACCUCUGGACCUCAAAAAGCACAGCCUCGCUAUACCUGCACAUCAGGGUCAGCAGCCCACAGCCGAGCGCCCACUGAUCCCUCAGAGCUCCCCCCAGAUAAACUUCACGUAGAGAUGGAAAUGGCCCCUGAUUCUCAGAUCAUUCUCUAUGGAGCUCUGCUCCGAGCGCUCAUUUCCAUCAAGGUAUGAAAACUCUUAAGUUGGAUAGUUAAGAAUAAUAAAUAUCAACUUUUCCACUGAAGUAAACUGUUGUACCAGUAGCUGCCAGAUAGUACUAGAAAGAGCUUCACAGUUACAUAAAGACUGCAUGUUGUGGACUUGGAUGAAAGCAAUGGAAUUCUUUAUGAGACCACAGCUUUGACUUUUAUCCCCCUGGACACCCCCAAAAACUAACAGUGUCUUACAAACUGGUGUGGUUUAUGUCUCUGACUUCAAGGUAAAUAAAAAAACAAGUACUAUGUGUAGAUCAGCAAUGUCCUUGCCUAGAAUGAAAUGAUGUAAAGAAUCAAAAGACAUUUUUAAUUGGUAACAGCCUUCUUAUCAUCACCUCCCCUGUUUGCACAGGAAAACUACUUUGGUGAGGAUGACAUGUACACAGACUUUGAGGAGGCAGUCUCCAGCCCCGUGUUGUCCACCUCCACCUCCUCAGGUCUGGGUUGGUCUCCUCUGGGAAUGGAGGACAGUGAACAAAGAGUUAGUUCAGACAUCCAUCCUUUGGACCUGCGCCCAUGGGACAUUACUGUGUACAUCAAUCUUUACAAAGUCCACGGCAGACUACCAAUGGUAAGCCUGCGAGUUUUGUUGAAAGGUUUAAAUGAAAUAUAUUUUAUUGUGAACAUAGAAUGUUCAAAGAUUAAGCUUUUUUCCCCUGUUAUUACUCUUAAGCCUUUACUGGCCUACAAUGAUUGAUGUUUUCUCUUUAAACAUGCCAGCCAUGAUUUUUGAGUUGAUCUGUAUUUAUGUUAUUGAAAACUGCUUCUUUUUACUUUUGUUUCUGCCUCAAGCACUGCAGCAGUGAGGGUCCUGAAGGUCCAUCCGGCUACCUGGAGCGACUUUGUUUUGAGAUGAAAAAGGGCUACAAGGAGACAAUGCUUCAGCUGCUUCUGUCUCCCAUUCAUAUCUUUGUCAGUGACAACUAUCAGGUCAGAAACAUAACUACUGAAUGUUCGAUGUGUCUUCCUUAUCUUAACUACGUACAUAACCUCAUCUGUCGGAAACUGCUUCAGAAAAAUAGUUAAAAAUCUUGGAUCUUAACAAAUGGACUUUAAGUUUUGAUUUAGAAUUCAAGCAAGCAUUCAAAUAACCUCGGUUAAAGCAGCCUUCCACUGUGAGACACAUCUCACAAAAUUUAGCUGUCAAUACAAAAAAGCCUCUUUUAUGUGAUAACUAAAAGACUGACUCAGUCUUUGAAAAUUUUGAAAAAAGUGAGCAUGUCUCUGUUGUUUGUGUUACGUAAAACAUGCAUUUCACCAGCUGCAUGUUAGCAUAAAUACUUGCAUAUUGCAUUAACCCAGUUUCUAAGCUUUAGCUAUGAGUUGUGCAGAGAUAACAGGAUAGGAAUUACAGAAUAUAAUGAAUUUAAUUUUAUAACUUUUUAAAAAAUUUGGAUAGUAAUGAUAUAAGCCUAAAAGAAAGCCUAUUUGAUAUUCUGUUCUUCUUUUCACCCACAGCGUCCCACUGUAGAUGGGGUGUUGAGAGAUGGCCACCUAAGCCUGUCUGGCUUGCAGAUGAGAGCCCAUGCCAUGUUCUCCGCUCAGGGCCUCCCCCUGGGCAGUGACACCCUGGAGUAUGCUUGGCUCAUUGACGUGCAGGCUGGGGGGCUCACUGGCAGAGUAACUGUGCCACAGGUGUGUGAAAGUUGUUAAAACUGUAAAAGGUAGGAGAGGAUAAAUGGGUUCAAAUCAGCAAACGUUUGUUAUACCUUCCACCCAUAUGAAAGGUAGUUUGACAUACAAUGAUUUAAUCUUUAAAAUUUAAAGAUAAAAAAUUAUGAGUGCACCUGAAAGAUAAAAAUCCAUGAUCAUUAAUACAUAUAUACAUUUAAAACACACACACACACACAUAUACAAAUCUAUCAUCAGCUGUAAGUUAAAAUAUUAAAAUGAAAGGUAAUAAACACUUGAAAUAUCUCAGUCGGUGUGUAAUAAAUCAAUAUAAUAAAUAGGUUUUACUUUUUGAACUAAAUUACUGAAAUCAACUUUUCGAUGAUAUUCUAACGAUAAUAAUUGAGAUGCAGCUUUAAAUUAUGAAGUAUUUAUGUGUCUACAUGUGAUUUAAUAACUAGGUGGCCAGCAUUAUCGAGUGGGGUGAGACUUUCCUUUUCCAUGGGGUAUCCAGAGAGUUCCAGCUUGAACAACCCAAGCCCUCUGUCAUCUGCCAGCAUGGCAUUGACCGCCGCAUAUGUGAUGCCAAGGUACAAACAGGCUGUGCACUAUGAAAUGAACAAAAAAAAAAAGUCUGAAUCUUACUUCUUUGGAAAUUUUAUGAUAUCUGGCAUUGGUUUGGUCUAACUGCUGUUUCUGUGUGUCUUAUUCGAAAACAGGAAACCGAGAAAGUCACUCAUUAUGGCUGAAGUUCCUUUAAAAAAAAAAAUCUGUUUGACAAAAUGCAUGUUCUGUUUGUAGAAGCAGCUACAGGCUAUUGGGUGAUGUUAACAAAGCCAGCCUUAUUCACCAACACUUCCUUAAUAUCAUCAGUAAGCUUUGGUGAUGGUUGUCUUUCAGAUGAGCUGCCUACCAGGUCACUGUCGAACAUCAGAGGAGCUGAAGUACACCAUGACCAGACUGGCCGUAGAUGGAGUUGACCUCUUCAUCGUGGAGCAUGGCUGUGCUACCAGCAUCAAGGUAAUAAGCUACAGCCCAAAAAUGUGUUGUAUUCAGUGUAUUUCAAGUAAAGUAGAUUUAUAAAACCCACUUUAUGAAUAUUCUGUAAGAUUAUUAGUGGUGUAAACUAGGGGUGAAACGAUUCAUUUUAACAAUGGUUGCCGAUAUGAUUCAAGGACGAUAUUGGUUCAUUGAGAACAAUACAAUUCAGUAACUUCUUAGCCAAAUAUUCAACCAGAAUGACUGUGAAAUAAAUACCUGGAUACUGGACUGUGACUGAGUCAAGUAAUGUUUAAUGUCUUUAUCAUUAAAAGUAAAAAAAAAGAAAAAAGAAAAACAUCCAUAUACAAUCUACCGUGCUUGAAUCUAUUGCAUUAUUCCCUAGUAUUAAUAAAAUUGAUUUAUUACAAUUUAAAACAAUGUUAGAUGAAGUUAUGUCACCCAUAGGACAACUUGCCGAGCACAGAUCGAUGUAAUUGGAUCCUAGGAAUAUAAAUCAAUGUUGUAGAUGAAUCGUUCCACCCCUAGUGUAAAAAUUUCACAUUGAUUUUCUUUCUUCCAUCACAGACAACAAAUAUUCGCAUUGCCAACUGUAACCUGCACAACCAGGCUGUAGGGGAGGGCAUCAGCGCUAUGGUGCAGGAUAUAAACAUCCGGCAGUUCAUUGAGCAGCAGCAGCAUAGUGAGGCAACCAGGCUGCAGCCAGCUGGUCAGGGUCAAGGUCUGGGUCAGCCAUUAGGUGUUGGUCAGCCCCCCUUGCUACGCCGCUCAGUCUGGCUUGAGGCGGGUACAGUCAACCUGAACCUCAUUACAGCAGACAUUGCCCUGGCUGCUGACCACCCAGCCAAAUGUGAAGUCCAGAGACACUUCUUGGAGCUACAUGAUGCUCAAACCAAAAGGUAGAAAAAACACAUUGUAUGAGUUCUUUGCUGCUUUAAUGACUUCUCUUACUGUGUGGGUCAGUGUACGUGUUUGUGUCUAUAUAUGUAUGUAUUUGUGAAAAUCAUGUGUGUGUAUUUUUGUUAUAGUUUGUCCCUCAGAUGCUCUGCCUGUAUCAUCAACCACAUUUUUUAUUGACUUAAAGGGAUAAUCUGUGGUAAAUUUAAGUCAUGGUCAAACACACCGAGUUAGACACCCCCUCAAGAGAUUAAUGUUGCCAACUGCUGACAUCUUUUUAGCUUUGCCUGGUUUCUGUAGCAGAGACCAAACACAACUCACCCACUCUCCUCCAGCAGCCGCUUGUUUGUGGGAGAGUCCUGACAAGUCGAUCACCCAGUGCAGCUGAAAAUUUAUGAUUAUUACUUUAUUCAUGGAAAUGCACUCAGACCGAGACACUAAGCAGAAGAACAACAGCCUCUGCAGUGCACAUACAAUAUACACAAGAACUCUGAUUGCAUUUCCACGAAGUAAUGAUCAUAAAUUUUUCCAUUGCACUCGGUGAUCGACUCGUCAGGACCCCCCACAAAUAAGCAGCUGCUAGAAGAGAGAAGGUGAGUUGUGUUUAGUCUCUUUGCUAAUGAGAUUAGGCAAAGCUAAAAAGAUGUUUGGUAGCUGGGACCCUACAUGUACCGUUGAUGAAGUUAGGUGCUGUUUUGAGCAUUAUUUGUGGCUUUUUGGUUGAGGUGUGCAUGUGGAGAUGCUGGAAUAUCCCUUUAAUGCAUGAAUAUGCUCACAGGGAACAGCAGCACCCAUUAGUUAUGAAGUUCGCGUGAAGUUAAAAACCACAGUUCUCAGUUCUCUAUGUGUAAUGGAUCACUAAUGGAAAUGUGAAAUGUCCAGCUUGCUGCAAUAGUGUCGAUUUUCUUCUUGUUUAAAAUGAUCAUCAGCUGAUAAAAUAUCCAACAGCUUAUAACAGCAGGAAACAAUUUCCACAACAGCUUUUAUUUUGUAGCCUUAAAUUGUCAUUACUCAAGACAACUCUUGUAAGUGUGAGUGUAAGUAAAUGUAAGAAAUAUAUCAGUAACAAAUUCUGGAAGCUUAUGAAACAAAAGAGAAGAAAGAUCCUACGUCCCCUGCCUUGUUUGUGUGCUCUGUUGACCGUCUUUGAUUGGUAGUAUGUUUCAUAAAGUGGUAAAAAUUAGAGCUCUGAGCACUUCUUUGUCUGUUCUCCUAGAAGAUGUGUAUUUACAAUUGCACAAUAAAUUUAAUAGCGUUGUUCUGUUAGACAGUUAAAACUAUAAAAAUUAUAGCCAAGUAACUUUGUGUCACCUUUUUUCAUUGUAAUCAGAGGACCGUUUUCAAGGCUGUCUGUUCAGAGUCAUUUGAGGUCUAAAGAUGUUAUAGAGCAUAUAAAUCAAUAUGAGAUGAUUUUUUUUUUUUUUUUAUUUGAUUAUUUUUAUUUGGGUUCAUUUAUCAAAGUUAACAUAGCAUUUUGACAGCCCUCAUGCUGUAAUGUCGUUAAGAAAUGGACCAAUGCAAUAUUUAGUGACAGCAGCCAAAAAGCCAAUUUGUCUGAUAUUGUUUGCUUAAUCCUGACAACUAUUAUGUAUUCAUUUUAUUCGGCCAUCUUGCUCUUCAUCUUCUUUCUCUCAGGCUUUGGUUUCUGUGGCCGGAAGAUGCAGGCAUUCGCAACAAGCGUGGCAGGAACCGCUGUGGCUGUCUCGGAGGCUGCAGAUUCUUUGGAGGUACCAACAUGAGCCUGGACUUCUUCAAACUUGAGGAGCUCACACCCUCCUCUUCGUCUGCAUUUUCCUCUUCAAGCACAGAGUCAGACAUGUCUUAUGGCCAGUCUUUGCUUCAACCCGGGGAGUGGAUUAUUACCAAGGAAACACCCAAAGUUGAUGGUAUGGAUUAUAAAAGAUUAAACAAUAAUGUCCUGAUUUUCCCUAGACUUGCUCAUGGGUCAUUUUUGUGAAUUCAAAACAAAAUUAAGAAUUUAAAAACCCCAAAUGCUUUGUUUAUCAUGAAAAAAGUAUCUGCUCUUCUAAAACAGUGUUACAUUCUGAGUUUUUUUGUUUCUCUAGUUGUUAAUUUUAUGACAGUUUAUUCUGCGUUAUGGUAAUUAAAUAAGCUUUUUUUAUUGUCUGUCUACUCAGUAUUCAAUAUUUCUUUCUUAGGGAGAGUUGUGGGACUUAAAACAGACACACACUCACCAUGCCUUCCUCCUGAGCUGCCUGAGAGACGUAGUCAGCAACACCUAAGUCUUCAGGUGCCCCAGCGCUCUCACAGCUCAGCUUCCUCCUCUGAAGAAAAUAGUUCCUCUAGCGCUGCAUUGCCCCUGUUGGCUGGAGAAAGGGACUCUCCCUCACCAAGCACAGAGGAACACUUGUGCCCAAUCAAUGGCAAAAGCCCUGCUGAGUAAGUUACAUCCAAAGUUAUGCUUGAAAUAUCGGAGAAUCAUGUCAUUUCUAUGUCCUCUGAUUAUAAAUAAUGGCUGUAAUUUUCCUUCUUUUCUAUGAAGCACUCUAGGGGAAGUGCCAGAGGUCUCCCCAGUCUCUCCAAACAGCUCCCAGGAUCACUCAUCAGUGCGCUCCCCCCUCUGUUCCCCCCUCAAGCGACAAUCCUCUGUACACUCCGGUCGGCUUGGCAGCACCAAGAGCCUAUCAGCUGCUGUCUUCACUGAUAAGCCACCACCAGUGCUGUCCAGCGGCGUCCAGUUCAGCAGUGAGGUGUCCCGUAGCGAUGAGAAUGUCCUGGAUUCACCACAUCAGCGUAGGAGCUACGGCUCUUUUCCCUUCACACCCUCAGCCGACUCCAACACCUUCCACCAGUACCGUUCUGCUGACUCCAGCAUGUCUGUGGCUGACAGUGAGGCCUACUUCUCUGCUGCUGAGGACUUUGAGCCAAUAAGCAGUGCUGAUGAGGGUCCAGGGACAUACCCCGGGCGCAAGAAGAAGAGGAGGCAGCAGAUGCAGCAGCCACAGCAGCCCCCGUAUCACAUGGAGAACUAUAGGUCAGCUCACGUAUUCAAUUACUUCAAAGAAUGAAAACUUCAGUGAGUGGAGCACCUUUUGAGUAGGUCUCAAGAAAGCUGUCAAAGUAAAAGGGUUCCAGACUUUGAGGGUAGACUAGGUGGUUGGUCAGAUGAAGGUUGAGAGAGAGAGAGAGAGAGAGAGAGAGAGAGAGAGCGCACAGUAACAUCAAAGACUCUCAUCUGUCAUUUGUGUAUUGAGCAGAUGAAUUAAUAACUUGUCCAGCAGGUUUUGACCAUGCCAGAUUGCCCGAAGUGUUAUCGUUUUAAUGAUUUUUAAAGGGCCACUCUGCAGUACUUCUGACAUCUCAUUUAAAUACUUGAUAGUGUUAACUACAAUAAAUCCUGUAUUGAAACUGUAGUAAUCAAAUGAAUAUUUAGCUUUUUUCAAGUUUCAAGGUAGCUGGGGUUAGAGGCAAAAGCAGCGUUCUGGAGUUUCUUCGAGCAGGGUCUUCAGACGAGGGAUGGGCAAUAUAUUCUAAGAAACUUAUGAUAAGAUUUGCCAUUCUGGUGAUAAUCCUGUGAAAAAAAUCUCAAUUCAAAUAAGAUACUUAACCACAAGUUUGAGUGGUAGGUUAUGGAGAAAACUAAUGACAUCAAACAAGUCUGAAAUGUGAAAAAAUUGUCAAUAUUUGUUGAAAACUCUUAUUGCACAGAGUGAAUAGCAGCAGCAGAUCCACUGUCCGAUAUCAGGCAUACCUGAUUGCACUCAUCUAAGCCCCAAUCUUGAAGGAAAUCCCUCAUGUGGAGCCUCGUUCAGUAACGAGCUGCUCAGAAACGUCUUCGUCUUUGUUUGUUAUUCUGAUCAGUGUGGGCUACGGCUACAUUUAUCAUAUUUAUCAUGAGAUGGCAAAUACUUAUCAUAGAGGAUUUUUCUGAUGAUAUAUCGUGAGCGAUAAUUUAUUGCCCAUACCUACUUCAGACCAUUCUGGAGUAGAUGAAAAAAAACAGCCAUUCACAAGUACUGCUUUGUACUCCUUAUAAAGUGUCACAAUGAUAUCCUGUUAGUGGCUGUAAAAUAGUUUUAUGACACAGGAAUACUAAAACAGUGUUGUGAUAUUUUUAUGUUUGAUAUCUGACAAGUUUUGCCUUCCAAUGUGUUAAGGAUCUCUCCCUAAAGCUACGCACAUUGCUGCUUUCAUUUGCUACUGAUUUUAUAAUGCAAACAUUAAUGUUAUUGGAAGAAGGACUGUAGCAAAUGAGAGGUUUGAUUCAUAGACAGCCAGCUGGUGUUUUGAAAAAUUUUUUUUUUCUUGUUUUGUAACCACGAGGUAAUUAAACACUCAAGCACUCAACAUUUUCUGCCAUUGAUUUUAGUAUGCUUGUGAUUGAAAGGACCUUCACAUAAACACAAGUGAUGAAUUUAAUCAUUUUUUCACACGAGGUUUCAAAAUAAUGUGUAUGAAAACAUGAUCUUCAAAAGCACAGAACUCAGACCAGGAGGUCUUUCAUAGAGCAUCUCUUUAUUUGUAAUUAAUGUAAAACACUAAAGACAUUAAUCUUCUAUGUUUUUCUAAUAUUUUGACCUUCGCAGUCGGAGCUCCAUCUACCACAGUGUUGAGGGCCCUCUUACCUACGUGCUCAACGGGGAGCUCAUUACCGAACCACGUCCUCUGCCUCUGCCCCCGCUGCCUCCUCUGCCGCCGCAUCCCCUGCCUAGUCACACAUCCCAAGCCUCCUUUGUCUCUGCCCUUGCUGAGGAGGAGAGCUCAGUGGAAGCAGAGAAGACUGCAGAGCCGGGUCCUGUAACUCGCCAGCCCCAUGUCAUGGCAUGCUACCAAAACUACCUAGCCCACUACCAGGCAUGUUCAUUUGGUUUAUAUUGUGGCUAUGAAUGACCUAGAUGGGAUAGGGAUCGAACUUUGCCUUUUCAUCAGAUUAUUUAUUUUGCAUCCAAUUAAAGAAUAUUAACCUUGUUGUUUUCAGGUCUCAAACUGGUCUGUCAAGCAGCCCACCAAUAAGAGGACCUCCAAGUCUUCUCUGCAUCGCCCCUUAGAUUUGGACACACCCACCAGCGAAGAGAGCUCAGCUUCUUUUGACCAACUCUCUGUCCCUAGCUUUAAGGUGUUUGACUAAUAACAAACUGUCUUUGUGGGCGUGAACAAAAAUUAUUCUCUGUUUUAAGGUUUACAUGUAAUUUUCCUUCCACAAUAGAGCUCACCAGUUUUGUGGUGUCAUAUGUUUCUUCACAUACAGGUGAUAAAGCCUGGCCUCUCUGCUAGCUCUCUGUUGGAUAGAGGAGUCCAGCUGAUGGGAGAAAACAAUAGGUUUGUGUCUAUUUGUCUGUCUGAUCUAUCUUAUCUAUCUAUCUCAUCUAUCUAAUCUAUCUAAUCUAUCUCAUCUAUCUCAACUAUCUAUCUCAUCUUUCUGUCUCAUCUGUCUUAUCUAUCUGUUCUAAUCACAUUAAUGUAUGAUCAAACAUUGUUUCACUUUCCCUCUACAGUACACCAUAUACUCCGCUAGAUAAAAGAGCCAUGGAGAACACAGAUGACGACACCACAACAGAUGACUGGACUCUGGAGCAGCCCCUGGCUCAGACCAGGACCACUGCCAUAGUGGAGGUGAAGGGUGCCAUUAAUGUGGUGCUCACACCCCUUGUAGCUGAAUCACUUGACAGGUAGUAAUUAUUCCAAAGGGUUUUGUUUCUACCUCCCUUUGCUAUAACUGUGUCAAAAUGUUUUGUUGAGUUAGCCUACUUAUUCUUUUUUGUGUUUAAUUUUUUAUUGAAAAAAUAAUAAUACAAAUAUAUAUGUAGGGCAUGAAAACAAACAAAAACUCACAUGGAUGUAAAAAUAUAGAAAAACCAAAACAUGAUUCCUCCUGUAAGCCUAACUUCCCCCCACAAGCUCCACAUUGUUAGUUACAUGGGCUGUUGCCGGCUGUUUCAUCUCUUUUUUUUUUUUUCCCCGAGCUUGUUGCCAUCUCGGUGUGCACAAAGCACAAAACAGUAAAAUUAACCAGGGUGACGAAACAAAGCGUUUACACCCCUUAGGAUGGUCAUGUGACUCCCCAGUUAGUCCACUUAUACGUAUGUUAUUUGGUGUUAUUGACCAAAUCUCCUUUCAGCUAAAUGUUCAAACAGUCAGGAUUGGGGAUAGACCGACUUAUCCAGUGGCCUAUUACUUUGGCCAUAAUUGCUCUUAAUGCACAGUACUCCUCAGAUCAAAAUCAUGGGUUGGUCUACUCAUGUGAAUCUAAAAUUGUUAGAGAUUGAAAGUACUGAGUUUCAACUGUCUUACAAGCAUUACUUUAAUAAUUCUUAAAUUAUUAAACUGCAGUAGGUUCUCUGAAGAGUUGCAGGCUCUCGUGUACUGACAUAUUAAGUAUACAGCAUGCAAAUGGUGAUUUUUGUGGUUUUGUUAAAUCUCUGUGUUUUACAAAUGCAGGAAAUAUUCCAUGCAUAGCACUCGUCACUGUGUUGUUUUGUCAUUGUUUCAUGACAGUAGUGUUUCUUUUUUAUCUUUUUAGGUAUAUUGAAUCCAUGGUCCACUUUGCCAGUAUUCGCCAUCCCGCAGCCAUUCUGGAUGACCUGCAUGGGAAAGUCCUCAAUGAAGCCUAUCAAAUCAGCAAGUCCACCGUCACUGAGUCUGUAAGCACAACAAAGCUUCGAACACAAAAAUUAAUCUCUUCAAGGUUACAGUUUUGAUUACUAUGAAAGACAUUUUAAAUGUUUACUUUUAGUAGAUGGCAUCCCUUCUAUAUGCAGUCUAUGGCUGCACCCAGUGGUGCUGUGAAUAGAGUCUGUCAAAAGUGAUGAGCUCUGUACAUAGCAGCCUCUGCCAUCAGUGUGUAAAUGUGCUGUAAAUUGGUGAAUGUAACAUGUGAUGUAGAAGCACUUGAGAGGUCAGAAGAUUAAAGAAAGCACUAUAUAAAACAUAGUCUAUUUACCAAUUACCAUUACUUAGUAAUUAGGUUUAACUGAAAAAACCUGGAUUUAGUAGAGUUAAACCAGACGCUGUUUUCCAAAUGCCAGAGUUUUUGUAGAUCGACCUUACAAAUAAAAACAACUUUUGUGGAGAAAUUAGUAACAUCUCACUUUUUUGGAUCUUUACAGAGCCAAACAGGCAAGCAGGAGCACAAGCUGUCCAAGACAGAGGGCACAACUCCUGGCUCCCUCAACAUCUCUCAUGGCCAGACAGACCUGUCAAUCAAACCUGACAAUGUGAAAAUAAAGGGUCUACAAGCCAACGUCUCCAUUCCCAAGGUAAGACCCAUGACCCUGAUUAAUGAGAAGCCAGUCAUGUUAUGUGACCAAUGGACUUAGGAUGCAGAGAGGUUCAAGGAAAGUUUCAACAUCAUGAACGUUGCUGCAGAUUUCAGAACAUUCAAACUGAUCCAGUUAAGCAUUGUGUAGAUUAAUGAUAUAUGGCUUUUCUACCCAUGCAUCUUGCCUAUGCUAUCAAAACCAGUGUACCUUUUGGACUUAUUAGAGUUUGUAUGCUAAAAAUUUCAGACUUCUUCCUUCUUAAUUUCUCUUUUGUAUUUGUUGCUGCUGUAAAUUUCUCCUUGUGGGAUGAACAAAGGAAUAUCUUAUCUCUUAUGGAUAGUGGAUUAAAAGUCUUUCUAUUGCCCUCUGCAAAUCAAAAUUUAGAAAAGAACCCAUAAAACUCUCACAUUUGAGAAAGAUUGCUUCACACUCCGUUUGGCUAAUCUGUUCGUAGGAUUUUCUUCUGUUUGAAGAAAUUAACUGUCUUAUAAAGAGUCGAGAUGACUUUUAUGUCUACAGCAUGAGGUUUUUAUGCAGUCAUUUUUCAGAUAACAGUUUAUAAUGACAUAGUAAGGUGCAGUUCAGUUGGUUCAGUUUAUCUUUACAUUUUGUUUUGUUUGUUUAUUUCCUGAAUUUUCCCUUUGUGGAUAAGUAAUUUUUCUUAUCUUAUCUAAUCUUAUCUUAGGUAAACCUUUGCCUCCUACAAGCUUCUGUAGAAGAGGGGUCACCAUCUUGCUCCAGCAAGUGCAUCACACAUGUGUCUCUUGUGGCACUGUGCUUCGACAGGAUCGCAACCCAGUUCAGAAUGAACAGGUAUGAACCUAAAAUACUUGUUUAUCUCUGUGUGAAUGUGCUUCUUUGUCAUUACUCAGACUUUCUAAGUAUAUCUUGACUCCUGGUAAAUUUUCUUCUUUGCAUUCUUUAUGAUGUUUACUGACUCUCUCAGUUUUGGUCUUUUAGAUGUAUUAUUAAUGGGCUCUAUUCUCAAAUUCAGUAGUGAGGUAACCUUUAAAACCCAGGCACAAUCCAGCAUGAUUUUGAUAAUCCAUUCAUUCCCUUUUAUUUCCUAAAAGCUGGUUCUAGUUUCCCGACUGUGCAUACCAGCCACACAAUCAACAAAGUGUAUAUCUUUGUCUCCAAAACAGAUACCAUAUAAAACAUUUUCUUUUUGUUUGUUUUAGGGGUAUUGUAGAAGAGACACCCAACACCAAUGAACAUGGGCGUCCUUCAGUCUUGUUGGACAAGUACGCCUCAGCCACAAAGAUGCAGCCUCAGUCUUCUGGCUCAUUACGCUCCAACGCAGGCAUCGAGAAAGGCAAAGAAAUCGCUGCCAGGCUCAACAUCCACCGUAUCCACAGCCAGUUGCGAGGCUUGGACUCUACAGGUAGGAUUUAAAGAAGUUCUGUUCAUCCCUCUUGAAAAGUUGCUCCUUGACCCUUUACAUGACACUGGUUAGUUUGCUGAAGAGAAUAGGAGACAUAAGAAGCAUUCGUUUGACCUACAAUACAAAGUAAUUACUUUUUGCCAUUAAUAGACCUUUCCUUUUAUAAAUACUUCGUACAAUCUCAACUCCAACGAAACUGGAUGCUGUGUAAAAUGCUGAUUUUGAUGGUUUGCAAAUGAUUUAAAUCAAAUAUAGACAAAGUGCAAACACAACAUACCAAAUGUUUGGAACUGAACAACUGCAUGGUUUCCUGUAAAAUAGAAAUUUAAGAAACUGCAUUUUUUUUCUUCAUCCGCAGACAUUGGCACUUGUUCUAUCACAGCGAUACCUUUUGAGAAGUCCAAAGUGCUAUUUGGCCUGGAGGAAAUGGAGGAGUUUUCACUGGUGGAUGAAACUGAUGCUCAGGCCCCACAAGGGGAUCUUAGCCGUUCGACUGCCUCUCUUGAGAAAUGGGGCUGGAUUAUGUUUGAAUGUGGCAUAGAAAACCUCACAGUCAAAGGUAAAGUAUUCCAAAAACAGAACAAAGGUCAUGACUAACAUUGAGACCUAAGGGUGUUAAAAAAGAUAUCAGAGAGAUAUAUGUAGUUAAAAUGCAUUUGUGUUGCAGGGGGCCGUCAGUCUGGAGCCAUUCUUUACAAUGCAUUUGGUGUGAUGGGGCGCUCAGACACCGGCGGUAAGACAGGGAUGUCGAAGUCCAAUGGUUCGACGGGCUCACAGACAGGAAGUGGAUACAGCACAGAUGUCUCUGAUGACAACCUGCCGAAUGAUACCAUCAGCCCUACUUCUGAUGUCAAUGAACACUCCGAUUCAGACGACCAGGUGUUUGUCUUUAAGAUGGCUUUCACAUUAUUAUUUCAGCUCAUUUGAAACUAGCUUGCACGUUAAAUAUUUCAGCUCUCUUUACAUUCCAAUCCUUUCAGUGGUCGCAGAAAUGAGCUCAAUGUUUGUUAUCUAGGAUUAGAACACACAAAGCCUUUGCAGCUCUGGUGGCCUCACUUAUGUGAAUGUCUCCAUUUAGCUGCAGCUAAGCUUGAUUAGCUGUCUUAAACAUUACUGAGCGCAACACUCUCUGUCUCUCAGAAUUUACUACAUAUUGCUUACAAUCUUAUCCAAAAGUGUUGCUUAUUCAUCAGGUCCUACGUAUAUAUACUGUCUCUGUUUUUUUAACUUAACUUUGCAAGCACACAACUGUGCCUGGUAAAAGUGUUUGAGAGACCAUUUCCAACUACUCCAAUUUGCUCACAAAACUGUCCCUUGAGACAGUUUUGAAUUUAAUACAGGUUAAUUUAAAAAUAAUGGGUUAUUUCAAGGUGAAAUGAAUAUAAUCUAAGGUUAAAUAAACCUCUGUGUAAAGCUGUCUUUUGUCUCAAGACUACAUCUUAGUUACAAUACUAUAACUACAACUCUCACCUGUCAAUUUCAUCCACCUGUGAAACUCUGUUUUGUAGGAUGAAGGAGUGGAGUCAGAUGACCUCAAGAAAGACCUUCCCCUUAUGCCCCCACCUCCUGAUUCCAGCAGCAUGAAACUGACCAUAAGAGAGAUCUGGUUCAGUUUCGCUGCUCCCACAAAUGUGCGUUCCCCUUCACAGGCCUUCUCAAGGUACGACCCUCCCAACAUGCACCACUUUAAUUUUGUAAUGUUGUACUCCAUAGGAUGUUGAGUUUUCUCUUCACUAAGUGAGACCACUGUGGUACUCAAGAUCAUGCUCACUUAGUACUUACCUACAUUGGGACAAGCUGUGCCUUUUGUAUUUCCAACAAAAAAACAUUUUAAGGUCAUAUAUUUCACACACUCUUUGAGUUGGACCAAGAAGAAACAGUGCAGCAUCCUUUGAGUUGAGAGUCUACCUUUUUGCUAGGAGAUUAACUUCUCUGUCAUAUUUUAUUCUUUAGGUCAAAUCCAAUCAAGCACAGUUUUUUGAUGCGAAGCAGACAAAUUUUAUCGAUAUCUAAAGCACUCAAUGCUUACUAGUCAGUUGUAAUAUAUAAUGAUAGGUCUAAUAUCAUUACAACCCCUUCACCUUUGCUGCUAUCGCAGAGAUGUCAGCCUCACAGGUCAUCAGACUGAUCAAACAGCAGGCUAUGAGCUGAGUUAAGUUUUAUUCUGCUUAUUCAGUGCAUCAUGUUCUUCGUGUGCUGUGAAGAAAAAAAAUAGCUGAAACCUCUGCCUGAGAGUAAACAAGGCUAAAAUUGUUGACACUUCAAGAUAAAGCACCUUUCAAGAACAGACAUCAGAAAGUGCCCUCCAAUGCAAAACUACAGUUUUCUUACAUGGUAAAACAAAAACAAAAAACACCAGUAUAUAACACUGAUGUAGAUAAUAAAGGCUCUUCUGACUUACAGGCAGCUGAAUCUGUUGAGCACAGCCACACCUGCUAUCGGAGCCUGGUUGGUUCCCAUUGACCAGCUGAAGUCUUCUCUGCGCAAACUGGACAUGGAAGGCACUCUGCGGGUGUGUGCUGUCAUGGGCUGCAUCAUGACAGAAGCUCUCGAGGUAAAUAAUACAUCUGUACACUCAAACAUAUACCCCUUGUGAUGAAUCACAUUUUGUGUAGUACACUCUGACUGCAUUAAUGAAUCAGCAUUUUCUCAAAGCAGGUGAGUUGAACAUCUGCUCAAAUAUAUGAUUCCUCAACCUGUCGUUUUGCUUGUCUUCAUCUUCUGAGCAUUUUUUUGCAUUUUCCUGUGAGCUGUUUUUGUCUUCUCCCACAGAAAAAAACCAUUCACAUCCCGAUCCGGAGCAAGUACAACCGUGUGACUAAACGAGCUCGUUACUUGUAUGAGAAUCCAUCCUGCAUGCUAUGUAACAUCCUUCACCGUUAUCUGCAACAGGCAGACUACUCUAUCAUCGAGGAAGCUACCAUGGUCAGUGUGAAGCCAAAUCCUUUCAUCUACAUCAUGUCAAUUUGACCUUUUAUAGCUUACUUGCUGCUUAAGUUCCUAAUAAAUUCAUUUUAACUUAAAUCAUCAAGUGCCCUUAGCUCUCUUAUGCUUUUUUAAAUUUACCUGUGGUACCAAUUUACCUCUGAUCUUUCCUCCUUUUCUUUCCAGAACGACGGGGUUCCUGCACUUGUGACUUUAAAAAAGGGUCUGGUUGCUUUGGCCAGACAGUGGAUGAAAUUUAUUGUUGUUACCCAGGGCUUCAAAGCUAUUGGUAUUAUGAGGCCAAAUCAGCUGACUAGACCCAAGGAGCCUCAGCAGAGCCUGGGAGAGACCAUCCUGGGCCUGGAGAAUGGUGCUGCGCUGCAGAGUGACACCAGUGCCGAUGGAGCUGAAUUUGAGUUUGACGCAGGUGGGAACUUUUAGUUUUCAAGAUGCUAAGCCUCUUGGUAUCGUAUAAACAUGUGCAUUAUAUGUUUUUACCUUUUGUAGAAGUCAUGUGGUUCUUCUUGAAGUGUUAUUUUAUCCUAUUUGUGUGAAGCCACAGUGAGUGAACACACCAUGUUGCUGGAGGGAGCCUGCAGCCGUCCCCCACCAAAAGAAGCAAACACUGGUCCUGUUAGUGGUGUUGAGAUCAUGAGGAAACUGUCAAAAUCCCACACCCACAAUGAGUCUGCGCUCAGAAUAAAGGUACAGCUUUGAGAAUAUGUGCACCAUUUUUUCCUGUUACCCCAUAUAAAGUGUAGUGAAGUUUCACAUGAUUUAACUAGUUUAUCUUAUGGAUGCCAUGUUUUUCCAGACCAGCCACAAAAACAUCUUUUUGUUGUCAGUUUUUUUAUAAAUCCGAUAGAUUCUUUGAGUUGUUUGUAUUAAAGAUGUUCCUAGUGACUAUUUCCCCCCCAUUUAGAGUAAAUUAAAUUUAGACUAGUCAACUAGUCUAGACUACAGCUAGUCUAAGUUAGCACAAUAUACUGUAUUUGAUAUGGGUGUCCCGACACAACUUUUUUACUUCCAAUAUGAUACCGAUAUUGCAUCCUUCAGUCUUGUCCAAUACCAAUAUUGAUACUCCUUGCUACUUUGUUAGUACCAUAGUACACACUGAUGUUGUAAUUAUGUGGGCGCUGUUAGAUAGAGGUGCUGGAAUGGACUCUGGAAUGGACUGCUUGUAUCAGAGUGCUGCUGUUGGAGAUUUUAGAUGCAGGCCGAUAUAAUCUGAUAUUUGUUUUUUUUUUUUGUUUUUUUUGCCGUUAUUGGCCCGAUAUCCGAUAUCAACAUCGGAUCAGGACAUCCCUAAUAUUUGACACAUUCAAGUGCUGUCCAUCAUCAAAACGCUGUCUGAAACACUGUUACCCCUUUUCCACCGAGUUGGUUCCAGUACUAGUUCACAGCUAGUGCCUGAUUAUCUUUGUUUUUACACCACCAAAGAACUGGCUCUGAACCAGAAAGCACAGUUUUGGAGUAGCACCAACCCCUUGCCGGGUUACCAGAAAGAAUAGCUCACGUGAGGGGCUAAAGGCAGGGUUAUGUGGGCACAACUAAACCUCUCAAAACAUUUUUGUGGUUAAAAAACAAAAAAAGAGGAAAAAGUACAUUAUUUCUGUGUGAAUUUUACAGAUCUUAGCUCACAUGUGCAAUCUUCUCAACUAAAUCAGCUCUAUUGUGAUAGCCUGUGUGCUUGUUGAAUGUAAGGAAAUAUGAAAACAUGUAAAAUGAUUACCUGUCCAAACAUUAUCUCUAUUCAUUAUGAUCUUUACCAGCAAUAUGUAGAAUUACAAAGCUAGGAGAAACACUUGGGUCAACUGUGUCUCUGAUACACCAUACAGUACAGUAUUGUACCUCUCCCUGUGUGCUUGAACAGUAACAAACCCAAACGUUCCAAAUUUGUCUUUUCAUGAUCUUUUUUUCUGGAAAGUGGAGGGGGUGCAGUACUUUAUGAUCCAUUAUAGCUGUUAUCAUAUGUCACACUCCUCUUAUUAAUCUGCACAUUUGUCUUACCCCAGGGCUCCCACCCAUACCAGUCUCUUAGCUACACCAGUGGUGACACAGCAGCUGAUUCACCAGCUCAUGUUAGCCGUGCAGGUCUGCCAGCCAAGGACAGUCCCAGGAAGGAAAGCCUCCUGAGCAAUCUGACAGGCAGCUUUCGUAGUCUGCAUAACCUGCUGGAGAGCAUGCCUCAGAGGAAUGAACCAUCGGCUGUAGCUGCUGCUAAAGGUAGCUCCCUCACACGCACAGGUAACCAUGCUUGAACUACUGCUGUUGCUGUACUGAUGCUUAUUACAGAGGGUUAGGUUAGGGAGAUUCUGAUAAUCAAUAGUUUCAGUAUUUUCAUGGUUAUUUUGUUUAUGUGAACUAUAAAAGAGCUUUCUAUGCCAUCUUACACCAUCAUGAUUUACAAUUUCACAAAUCAAACAAAAUACUUAGAUAUGUAGUAUUUAGUGUGGCUGUGUGAAAUGCACCGUUUAGGAUAUGAAUAAAGGAGAGAGUGGUUAUUGUGUGCAAAAGAAUUAUAUUUCUAAUUCCAAUGAAUUUGGGACUGAUUUAAUUCCAGUUUUAUACAAUGUCUUCAAUGUUCCUCACUGACACAACUCUACAAGUGGUCACAGGCAGGUGUAGAUCUCGUUAGUAGUUACAAACAAAUCAGAACUACUAACACUGAUGAAUGCAGGUUUGCCCAUAAAUUUCUUUCUGCUCAGUGUUUGUUCAAAAAUGCAUUCUGCUCACGUUACAUAAAUAAGACCCUCCGUCUUUAAUGCUAACAUGAACUGUAUGUACCUUUUAUGAUGCAAGAUAAAAGUUGUGUCCAGUUUUUAUUUUUUUCCAUGAUGCUAAGUGCUUUUAAUUUCUUUCCUCUUGGGCCCAGGAAACAGCCUAGGUACAGACGUGUUGACUGAACACCCUCUGCUUUCGGAGCCCUCCUCUGUCAGCUUUUACAACUGGAUGUCAAACGCUGUGGGCAACAGGACAGGGGUUGGGGCCAUAGACUCUCCGGUUAACCGCUCCCAGCACAACAGCCUACAGACAGGUAAAUCUGUGAGCUCAAGAUCAGCCAGGCAGGACUGUUUUUAUGGUCAAUGUGUAAAUGUCAAAAAUAACCAUUUUUAUUCAGAAAACAAUGACAAUAUUCAGGGUAUCCGUGGGGUCUUAAAAAGUUUUUAAACGUCCAGAAUCCUAUAAUUUGUAUUUAAGGCCUUAAAUCUAAAUAAGAUUUUGAAAGGUCUAAAAAGUGUAUAAACUCUACUUACAAAUAAAUAACGUGCCAUGGGAAUAAAGAUUGAUUUUAAGUAAUGUAAAAUGUUCCAAUUUCCCUUAAUGUCUUUUGUACUUCUUUGCCAUUAUGGACAUUGAAUGGGUCUUAAGUUUUAUUCAUUACGUUCUUUAAAAAGUCUUCAAAAUUCUUAAAUUGAAACCUGGGUUUUGAAAAUAAUGAAAACCUGCAGAGACCCUGAAUAUUGUGAAGGUUCAGUCUAGUAUUGUUUACAUUCUUGGAAAUCUUGCUGGUAUGUUAUGCUGUUUCUGUUUUUGUUAUUUAAUAUUUUGUUAUAAUACUCUUUAACAUUAUGCAACUCUUAAACACCUUAAACAUUCUUUAAUAAAAUGGAUGUAAAAGCUGAGAAUUAUCGAUAAACAUCCAUAUAAUGUUGCUAUUUCACUAGAGUCGCUGGAUUCUCCUGUCAACCAUUACCAGUAUCAACCACUACCAACAGUUAACAGUCCGGAAGGAGGUCAGGGGCUGACUCAGUGUUGUGCUAAAGGUGUUGGUGAACUAGCUAGCUAUAUAGAGGUUAUUUCCCUUCUAGUUAGUUAAACAGUUACUUCCUAAUCUUUGUCAGUCUAUCCUGCAGAAAAGUCUAGACACCUGAUUGUUGUUCGUGUGAUAAGGUUAAUGUUGGGAAAAAGUGGAUUUAUCCUGGUAGUUAGAAAACGUGAAUUUAUUAAGGUUAGCAUAGAAAGAAAAUGUCACUGAUUAUAGCAUUUUCCAAUAAUGUAGAAGGAAUAUGUUAACAUGGAGACAGAGCCAACCUAUUUCUUUUUCGUUUAAAAACAAAAAAAUCUGUUAAUUUAGAAUCAUAAGGCUUGCCCAAAUUCAUGGUGGCCCAUGACACGAACAGCUGCUCUGUUUUCCUGAAUCCAGCUGUUUUGUCUGCAUAUGUGUGUAAAGCACACACCAGAGAGAGCACUUUUAGACGCUUGUGUUCCUGUGUGGAAAAGGGGGGAGGAUAUAAAAACAAAAACUUAACUGGGUGAUAUGCCAGUGCUGGGCUUAAUACUUUUUUUGGCACAGUUGCUCAGUUAGGUUUCAGUAAAACCCAAGAGUCCCCCAUUGAAAAUGACAUGCAGGUGGGUUGACCGACAGAGCAUGGAUUUCACUCACGUUUGGCGGAAGUCAGCACUAGUAACAAAACUGUUUCGUGCGAGAGAACCUUAAACUCUACCUGCAUUAGGGGUUCAAAGGGUGAAAGAGAAAGCAUCAAGCUCCACUGAUAAAUCCCUAGGGGCUGUCCAAUUUCUUGACACUGGUCAAAGGCACCUGGCGCUCUUCCUAAACUGACAAACAAGAGGAUGUUGGCCUACUGUUUUACCUCCAAAGCCCAUGUGACAGACAGAUACAGCUGCCAAAUCCACUUGGAGAGUGGAGAAAGUUAAGCAUUUAUCCAGCAGCUCUUGUAAGAGCGUUAGAAUAAUAGACAUUGAAUUCUGGAAAACUAACACCUCAGCCUUCUGCACCAGUCCUCAAAAACCCAUCACUUGCUAUCAUAUGCAUAAUGGAUAAGGCUCUGGCACCCUGGAGAGUUGCAUUCAUGCUCAGUCUAAAAAUUGUAUGUUUGGGCUCCUAAAAUGCUGGUUCGGUGUUGAAGAAGUGUCCUGAUUUAAAAAAAAAUCUUUUGCAGAUACUCCUAAACUUAUUUCCUUGUGGAUGUGGCCUAACUCAUCUAACAUGUUCAAAGAAAUAUGAAAAUAUGAUCAGCAUCUAUUGAGUAUGUUGGUACCUUAUCAGACUCUCCAAAGCUUUGCUGCAGGCUGGAGGAUUUUUGUUUGAAUAGAGUCCUUUUUUUUCUCACUGUUAACUUUCUAACUCAUGUGCGAGUGAAAAAUUGAGUUCCCUGAAAUGUACCUAUCCCUCAUAGCCCAGUGCCUUCCCUACCUUCUGUUCCUCAUAUUUCCCACUCAACAUUAAGUAACAAACAGAUUUACUUUGCAUUUAUGACCUCCUUGCUAGUUUAGUUUAGUGUUUGGAUUCACACACUCAGAUUGUGGAAAAUAUGAAUUUUAUCCUAUGUAACUAAACACAUUAUGUUCAUAGAGUCUUUGUAUAAAGGGCUACAUGUGUGCCUAGGUUGAUAAUUUUACUAAUUAAGAAAAGAUAAGAUAAAAACAUUAUCAAUCCCCAAAUCCAAUUAAUGGUUAACACAGUUCCUAGGCAACAGAUAUAACAACUGUGAUGAAGAACAGCACAGUGGAAUCCUCAACAUUCUCCAUCAUAUGGUUGUUACCCUUAAUCUUAUUCCAAUCAAAAACUUAAUCAUGAGGAGGUAGAAAUGUUGUUAAACAAUCAGCACAAGUUAGAAGGUGUUCCUGUGUUGAGGCCUGAACCUAUUUUAUCCGGACAACUGAAGACCAGUUUCUGUGACCACUGGUGUUGGACCACAUGUUCCAUCUCAGACCUCUCUGUCGCACACUUUAGGUGGGACGUGUAACCUACCCACAAUCCCCUCAGCAUCAGACUUUAACACGGUGCUCUCCAGUGACCAGAAUACCCUGGAUGGAACCCACUCCCAGCACUCCCAGCAUAGCACAAGCCAGGACGACAUGGCUGACAUCGAGGAAGGCAACCAGUGUCCAGCUGCUGUUCAGCUAGCAGAUGCUCAGGUGCUGUGAAUACAUGUGUCUGCAGUCUGCUUCUGUUCAAACUUGAACUUGUAAUGCCAUCAGUUAUUGAAUUCUGUUUAAAAACUUUAAAAUGGUUUUACUGCACUUGUGCUCAUAGUGGAGUACAAAAAAAAUAUUUAGAAUUGAAAUGCUAUUAAUGUUUCUUUUCCCAGGAUGGGAAACUGUCAGAAAAUGAAUGUCUUAACAUGAAUAUCUUAAAAAAAAAUAAAAAUAAUAAAGAAAAUACUGCUACCAUAGGACAUAAUUUCAAAAUAUUAAAAAAAAUUGAAUGAAAGUAACUUCUGUGACGUCUGUAUUCCUCCCUCAGGUUGUUUUCAAGCCUUUGCUCAGCUACACAGGCAUUCAGGCCCAAGACACCACUCCUCUGAGCUACAAGAUGUAUUUUGGAGAGCAUCUGUCUUUUUCUAGCAACCUUGAGUGUCUCAGAGCAGACAUUGUGGACUCUGAUGCAUCCAAAGAACGGAAAAAUAAAAGAUCCAGGAGGUAAAAUGCAUCAUAAUCAAAUGGGAAAGACUUUUUAAGUUGUUUGUGUUUCAUUGUGGAAGACUCAGAAUGCCUUUUAAAACAUUUUAUCACUCUGUCUUUAGACAAGGCAUGGUGAAUCUUCCACCGUUGGAUUUCAAGCCAGCACUUCUGAUUGAGACGUUCAGCCUUAAUGCAGUGGUGAUGGAGAAGUCAGCAAGCGCUCCACAGGGCCCCUCCGCAGCUCCACUCUCUUUCCAUGACCUCAACCGCCGCCACUACAACACAUUCCACUGUGAUUUCACCACAGCUUGUCAAGCUAUCAGUCAGCGUGUUGAUAUGGCCCUGGUGCGCCUCAUCCACCAGUUCAGCACUAUGAUCGAUGACAUCAAGGCCACACAGACUGAUAUAAAGCUGAACCGCUACACUGCUGGCUCCGCCUCUCCUACACCCACCUUCAAGGCUCGACCGUACCGCCACUUCAGGUCCUCUGACUUUAGCCGCAGCUCCCGAGGUAGCCUCAAUGGAACAGGACGCAGUGGAACUCAAACCUUGAAGAGCAAGAGAGGGUUAGGUGCAGGGGGAGUGGCAGCUGGUGCAGGUGGUCCUGGAGGUUUACCACCUAAUGGGCCUCCAUCUGGAAUGGACACGUUAGGGCGAAGGGAACCUCGAGGGCGUAGCUCUCUUGGACGUUCGGAGCGACGUACAUCCAAGGUAAAAAUGACCAAACUGUCAAGCAUUUGUUUUUAAUUUAGAUAAGGAGUAUUUUUGUACAACAGCUCAAUAGAUCACAAAAAAAUUAGCCUUGGGGUUAGGGUUAGGGUUAAUUGCUUUCUACAAUGCAAUACAUGCAAAGGUCCUGCACAUAGACUGUAUAUAGAGUGGAUGCCGUCUGCCUCCUCACUGGGUGAAACCACCCCUUGAACAGCACCCUCUGGAGACAGGCUGCAGUACAGGUCUUAAAUCCCGCCUCCCCCAGCAAUCCCUAUGGAGUUUUGGACAAACUUAAGAAAUUUAUCACACAGAAUAUACAUUUUUCUCCCCCUCGGUUGCGAUGCUGACAUGUAGUUACUGUAAGACUGGUUUGUGCUCAAGUCCUCUUUUCUUCUGUACAGCUCUGUUUUUAAAAGUCUAUGGGAGGGUUUAUUUUCUAUGAUUGACACUUAAUACAGCCUAUGGGCGUACGAAGAUUGCGUAGCUUACCCGGUGUUUGAGCCGAGCAUCAUCACAGCGACUUUCAGCGGCUCUUCUGCCAAAUGCUUACAAUGCUACUGCGCGAAUACCAAGAGCAAUUCGGUUUCAAAUUUGCAUAAUGACGGAAGGCGGAGCCAAGUUGUCCAUAGGAUAUAUAGUCCAUGAUCCAGCAGCUAUCCCAUGUCUAACACUUACAGCAGACAGAUUUACAGUAUAAUAUCAUGAAAGGGUCAAUACUUGCCUAAGGGACCAAAGAUCUAACCUAGAUCUGGCUGUGAUAAGAGUAAAAAUCAAAAAGCACUUAUGCAAUCACCAAGAUUUGGUCCACAACUGAAAUUUUUCACUUGAACCCCAGAGGGUGCCAAUAGAUUUAACAAAUUUCUUAAAAUGUAACAACACAUUCUAACAUGGUAGCAGCAAAAUUCCUGAAAUAUUAACCAUCAAGGCCCAGCAGAAUUCUAUUUCUCUUUUAUAGUGGCCGAUAUUUCAGUAAGAGUAAACAUUCAUGCACAAAUACUGAGAUCACUCCUACCUGUAACGACUCCUGGCUAACUGGGUGUCAUUGGGAAGGGAUUGAAAAAUUGCAGGAAGAGUUUGUGAGCAACUUCCCAUUGUUCUGCAGUAAAUGUAGUAAUUUAUUGUCUUGACAGUAUAGAGGCUUAUAACUGUAUAAUGACAGUAAACAGAGUUAUUAAAAAAGAAAUGUAUUUUGAUACAUAUUUUAAUAUUUCUAUUUGUUUCGUCACGUGCGUCUCCAUGUCAGGUGUCGAGGAAAGGCUCCCGAGAUGUAGCAGACCACAUGGCUAUCCAGAUGGAUGACUCUGACUCCAUCACUGUGUCAGAACAAAGCGAGCCAUCUGCAGAAUGUUGGCAGAACAUGUACAAGCUGCUCAACUUCUACUCCCUCAUCUCUGAUCCCACAGGAAUCCUGGAGAAAAGCUCCCCAGAGAACUGUCUUUCAGGUUGGAAACAGCUCCCAGCAGACAAUCAGCUCCUAAUUUUCCAGCCAGUAUCCAACUUCUUUAUUCCUCUUGGCUUUCCUUGCUUUUCCUGUCUCUGCUCUUUUCCUGCAUUCACCUGUCUUCCAUGUACGAUUUAUUUUAAAGCCCCCUUUAAUUUUUCAACUUUUUUUCAAAACCCCUUUUUUUCUGUAGAAAGUGGACUUCGGCCUGCAGAGCCCUUCUGUAAAGUGAUCUUUGAGAAUGAACAGCAAGAACCCACCACACCCAACAAACCCCUGGGAUCAGGCGGGCGACGGCGGAGCCUGGUGAGCUCCGAACCCCAGCAUGUCACGCUCAUCGUGUUCGGCAUAGGCAUGGUUAACCGCACCCACUUGGAGGCUGACAUUGGAGGGCUGACCAUGGAAGCUGAACUGAAGAAGAUCCAUGGUAGUUUUACCCUGAAGGAAAAGAUGAAAGGUGAAGCUCAGAUGAUCAUAAUUGGUUUUAUCAGCUCAAUGCUUUCUUUUUUUGUUUAUGUAACUCUUUGUUGUUGCUUUUUAUAUACUUUAUCAGUCACUUAUGACUGACCUACCCUCCUCAAAUCUCUGCAAAAACAAAAUCAGCUAAUGCGAAAUAUUGUAGAAAUAUAAAGAAAGAAAAAAGGUGCAAAACAUGUCAUGGUUUGUUUAUUGUGUCCUGUUGAAUUUGAUUUGUUCUCAGAUAUCCUGCACCAGAAAAUGACUGAGACCUGUGCAUCAGCUCACAUAGGAGGGGUUAACAUCGUUCUACUGGAGGGAAUCACACCUGAUAUCCAGUAUGUAUUAAAUCCUUUCAGCCUCUACAAAUGAGGGUGUAAGUGGAUGAUUUAAAAAAGCCUCAGAAGAGAAAAACACCUGAAAACGUGUUUUGAAGGGGAUUCUUAAAAAAUAAUGUGUAACCAUGCCUGUGUUAAGCUAAACCUCUCUGGAUGAUGGCUAACUGACAGAAUUUAGCGUAAAAUUAGUAAUUAAUGUUAAAAGAACUGACAUGAUGUGUACAUGGUUGUCCAUGUUGUAUUUACUUUUAUUUAUUUACACGUCCAAAAUGUAGAACUUCUCAGUUGCAUAUUGAACAACUUCAUCAGGCAUUUAAUUGUUUUCUGGAUUCCCGUUGACAUUACAAAAUACGUGUUAAGAGAAAAAAAAAAUUCUUGCAUGAGAACUAAGAAACCGGACAUGAACUCCUCCCCAGCAGGCUUUGUUAUUACUGCAAGCUUUUACUGCAACAUAAUCAUCGAAGUCAGCUUCCAAGUCUUGCAGUCAUACGUUCAGAUAAGCUAAUGUAUCUGCACAAUGUUUUGAUUCAGUACAAACCGGCUGCCACUUCAUCAAGAUUUCUUUUUUCACUCUGUUUUAAUGACGUUGUCCAUCCACUGAGAAUACAAAACUGAAAUUAAAUCAUCUUUUUAUACUGUGCACUCUGAACUGCCCCCAAGUGUCUGUGUAUAUAUGCUGGAGACAGCAGUUCUUACGGAUGUAUAGAAAUCCCCCCCCCCCCCCAGUGGGAUUAAGCAGUAACUGCCACUCUGGACACUUAAAUACCUGCCUGUAUGACAGUUUCUCUUGCAAAACUGGGAUAAAGUUAGAGCAUACUGUCCGUCAUAGAAACAGAUUGUAGAAGUUUUACAGUUGAUGUUCCACUUCAGAUUUUUAUCCAGUUAUCCUUGACAGCCUUUUUUUUUUUUUUACACUACAAGUGAAACACAGUCAGUCUUACCGUUUUUAUCAUGAACUCUACUACAAAAAAUAACAAAAGCAAGGGAGCUUGAACUGAGCACACUUUCACUCGUAUAAUCUUGUCAAAAUUCUUACUGUAGCUACCAACAUUUCUCAUUUUGUUCUCUUUCUUAUUCCUUGUCUUUCUCCUCUAACUACUUGCAUAGACUGGAGGAUUUCCCAACAUCUCCUACCAGCACAGCUAAACAAGAGUUUCUGUAUGUUAUUGUUAUUAUUUAGGACUCAUCUCAUCAGUUAAUCAGAAACACUGCUAUCCUGAUUGUCAUCCGUCAUGUGUCUGAUUCAUUUCCCAGUGAUUCCCUUUUUUGGGGUAUAUGCGUGCGUGCUUGUAAGCCACCUUCUGGCUCUACAUUCCUCUGUGUUACCAUUCCGUUCAAUGUGGAAGUUAUUCUUAAGUCUUUCAUGGCUGUUAUCACGUUUAGUGUCAGUCUGAAAAAUACUCAAACAUUUCAGUCUGAUGUCUCAGUCCUCUAUUCCAGUAAUAACACUUAUACUGUGUAAGCUAUCUUGAAAUACCUGCCUUGAUGUGCACAUCCAUUUUCAUUUAUUCAUGAUGAAACAAGUGUCACAGUUAUGAUUGUGAAAACUGAAUGCUGUCCUGAAUUUGCAUGGUAUUUCACUGAAUGGUGUCCUCUUGGUAUUUCACUUGAUACCAUUUCCAUCCAUACGCCAACAUCACCUUGAAAAUAACAUUUUGCUGUUGCUUACUGGAGUUUCCUGUCGUGUUUCAGAACGGUCGUCAAAUGCAACAUUGCCAAGUCCCAGGCAUUAUACAGCGCCCAGCGGGGACUGAAGACCAACAAUGCAGCUGUUUUCAAAGUGGGGGCCAUCAUGAUCAACAUCCCCCAGCACCCUGCUACAUUACACAGUAUGAUGGUCCGCAGCUCUCACCAGCUGUCAAAACAGAUCUCUGACCUCAUCCGCCAGCCCUCAAACAUGUAGGUGCACAUCAUCAUCUUUACGAACGAGGAUUAGGGCCACAUGAAGUGGAAAAAAAAAAUUACAAGGGGAAGAUUAAAGUCAAAAUAUCAACAUUAAAAAAAUCGAAAUUAUGUCAAUAAAGUACAAAUUUCAAGAUUAAAAAUUGAAAUUUCGAGAUUAAAGUCAAAAUUUUAAGAUUGUAAAAUGUCGAAAUUUCGAGAUUAAAAAAAAUUGAAUUUUGAGAUUAAAGUCGAAAUUUCGACUUUAUUCAUGUAAUUAAGAUUUUCUUAACCUUAAAAUUCGACUUUAAUCUCAAAAUUCCGACUUUAAUCUUGAAAUGGAAAUUAAAAAAGUCUCUCUCCUGUAAUUAUGUUUUUCUCUUCUUGCGGCCCUAAUCAUCUUUCUUUUAAACAAAGUCUUGUGUAUGGCAUUUUAGCUAGUGAGUGUCCACAAUACUGUCGCCAUAUUCAAAAAUCAUGUUUUAACUUUCUCUUAGGAGUGCUUGUAUCAUCCACAUUGUUUUCAGUUGGAGGCUUUAAGACUUUGAAUCUGGUCUGUUUCCAUGAUAAUACUUAGAAUAAUGUUAAUUUCUUUAUAGAGUUGCAAGCGUGCUAAGGAUAUUUAACAACUUCUUUGUAAUUUGAUGAUUACAAGUACUAUUUGUUUAGCUUUGCCUAGUCACGCACACACACAUAAGAAAUAAUACAGUUUAUCCUGUGAACUUUGGGAUGGAAAUUGAGGCAGUUAAGUUCAGUGAGCAAGGUCCCGGCAGUAAUAUAAUAUUUGUGACUACAAAAAGCACUGCAUCCACAUAAUCUAGGUAAUCACUAUUGUGGGUCAGGAGUCAAUGCAGUUUUUUUUUUGUUUGUUUCCCCCUUUUCAGUCAGCCUUCCAAUAGGGAGGACACUCCCACCCCACAACCGUCUGAGAAGACAUCCAGCAUCAAUCAGACCCCAGUGGAGGCUAAUGAGUUCCCUCAGCUUCCUGAAGGCUUGGAGAAGAAGCCCAUUGUCCUGAAGUUCAGUGCCAUGAUGGAUGGCAUCACCAUUGGGGCUGCCCUGCUGCCUUCUCUAAAAGCCGAGUACAAAAUGGGUCGCAUGAAGAGCCAUGGCAUGACAGGUUUGUUUAAGGGACUAGAUGAUCCAAACUCUUAAAAACGUGUCCUCCUGAUAUUCAGAUCAAAGUUGGAGAGCAUGCUCUUCAAAAGAAAAGGUAAAAAUAAUGAUGUUUUAAAUUUCCUCCUUAUAUCACAUCUUUUUAAGGUGCACAAACCAGUUUCACCUUUGAGUUGCCGAACCACAAGCUUUGUUUCCAGUCCAAAGUGUCCCCAGUGGACAUGUCUACCAUGCCACCAACAGCUAGCCUCACCCUGCCUCCAGUCACCAUGUCAGGAGAGUACAUCAUGGAGGACCACGAGAGCCACUCAGACCAGGGCUGGGCACCAGAUGAUUUCCCAGCAAAGCAAGGGAACUACCUUCAAGGAAACUACUUGCGCUGUGUAGCUGAGGUAAGAUGCCCCUAAUUAGACUUUCCAUUUGUUUUGCAGAAAGAUGGAUUGAGGAUUAAGUAGCCACCAGAGCGGAUACAUUUUGCUGAUUUGCAUAUACCUAUCGUUGUCCUCCUUCAAAUGUAGAUUGGUUCAUUUGAGCACAACCUGACCACUGACCUGCUCAACCACCUGGUCUUCCUGCAGAAGGUUUUCAUGAAGGAGGUCAACGAGGUCAUUCAGAAGGUCUCAGGUACUGUAUAUAUAGUAUGAAUCUUUUUGCAGAUUUACAGAAUUUACACGUUUUAAUUCAAACUUAUCUGUUUGUCCAUAUCUUUUCCAAUGCUGCUCAAUGCACAGUUCCUGCACAGAUCAUAGACUGUGUAAUACAGGGACACAGACUCUGUAAAAUUAUCCAUGUGUUACUGGAGUUUUGAAGCCCAUCAGAAGUAACCACUGUAUUAGAAAUGCUGACUCUGCUGGUAGACCGACAGAGAGGCAAGAAAUGAAGCUGAGGCUUGCUGGAAGUUGAGUGUGUUUCGCCUCUUUGCAAACAGCUCUAGGGUGUUGGCCUGUCAAUCGAGUCAGCUGUGCCCUAGUGUGAAAAAAAAACAAACAAAAAAAAAACUUGUAACCUUAAUAUCUUUGAAAUCAAUGAGGUAAAAAAAAAAACGUCACUCCCUGUUCGGUGUGCAGACACUUGUUUAGACCAAAAGGGUUUUUGUACCAGGCUUGACAUAUGUUUAAUAUUGCUCUAAAGAUGGACUUUUUGUUGAAAAAGUGCUUAUCGGUACUUUAUGUGGUUUCCAGUGCUUCUGCAGCCAGCCUCAUGCAGGCACUCAGGGAACUGCAGGAAUUAGUACCUCUGCAACAGUUUAAUUUCUCAAGACCAUAGUUUGAUGCUAAGCACAGAUCAGUACAGUUAAUCUGUUUUUAGAUUUCUCAGCCUUUCCUGUUUAAUUCUCUAGCUAACAGGAUGUUUCAGUCACUCUUUAAAAAUAACAUGGUUUCCCACACAAACCCGUACUCGAGACAUUGGGACAAAUCCUACCAUUAUUCAUUCCUACAAUAGUAUUGAUACAACUUUGUUUAACUCACUAAAGUAAUUCUUUAUAACUGUCCAGCUGUAAAAAUCUUUACCCAUUUUAGAGUAAAGGUUAAGAAGAUUAGUGUAUAACACAAUUCAGAUAUGUUCUGUGUGCUUCACUCUUAUUAUUGAUGUUGUUUUUGGUUUUAUGUAUUGACACCAACCUGCUAAUGGGACUGGGGAUGGAAAUUAGCCGCUUGGUUAUAAUCCCAUGUAUUUACAUGUAAAUGUUCAUUAAUGCAUAUUGUCCCAUUAAAAAAAAUUAAUAAAUCCUAAAGUCCACCACACAUCAAUGGCACAACAGUCUGUAUUCACUUGUGAGUCUGACUUGUACACUCUCUCCAUGCAGGAGGAGAACAACCCAUACCACUGUGGAAUGAGCAUGACACCUCAACAGAUGCAGACAAGCCAAAGAUAUUGCUUUAUUCUCUCAGUCUCAUGUUCAAGGUAGCCUAUGUUCAGUUUCUUGGAUUGAAAUUGAAGCAGCACAUUUGUUGUACAGUUACUCAAGCAACUGUGAUCAAGGUGUAAAUUUCCCUUUUGGGAUCAUUUUGUAUUUUAUUAUUCAGGUUUCAAAUGGGUCGUAGGGGUUCUUCCUUUUGUCUUUGUUGUAUUCUGAGCUUUGGUACAACUUCCGAUUGCCUUUUUCUUUCUAAAUUUAGGGAAUCCAGAUGACAGCCACCACUCCUUCAAUGCGAGCUGUGCGCUUUGAGACGGGCCUGAUUGAGCUGGAGCUAUCCAACAGGAUCCAGUGCAAAGCUCAACCUGGGGGCAGCAGCAGUUACUUGAAAUUGUUUGGCAAAUGUCAAGUUGAUCUCAACCUGGCUCUUGGGCAAAUAGUUAAGCACCAGGUAGAGUUUUGAAUCAGGAACAAAACAACAAAGCGCCAGAUUAAUCAUACAAUCAAUCAUUCACACGUCAUUUUUUUUUUCUAUCAUCCUGGCCCCGACUCCCUUUGAACAGGUGUAUGAAGAAGCUGGCUCUGAUUUCCACCAGGUGGCGUACUUCCGCACUCGGAUUGGCCUGAGGAAUGCUCUGCAGGAAGAGAUCAGUGGUGCUUCAGACAAGGAGGCUGUACUUAUUACGCUCAACAGGCCAAUCGUCUUUGCUCAGCCUGUGGCGUUUGACAGAGGUUCUGUUUCCUCUCCUGCUGCUUCACGCCUAAAAUCAAAUGAUCAAUCUCAGAUUCACUUUUAGAAACAUUCUUACACUGCUGAUGUUCACUUCCAAGUGAUUUCCUCAUUAUUUUUCAUUCACCUCUGAAUCCUUCAGAGCAAAACAGCCUGUAACGGUCAGUCAGAGGGGACCUCAGGAUUUUGUAUUAGGACUGUCUGGAACUAUCUGUUCGCUCAACACAGAUUGUUACAAAAGGAUGGAUUUUCAAAACAACAAAAUGAAUCAUAAGUGUUUUAAACUGCUUAACAUUGUAUUCAAUUUUUAGGCUCUAAUCUUGAGUUCUUUAUCCUGUUUUUCUGCCCCCUGCAGCUGUGCUCUUCUGGCUGAAUUAUAAAGCAGCUUAUGACAACUGGAAUGAGCAGCGUCUGGCCCUCAAUAAGGACAUCCACAUGGCCACCAAAGAGGUGGUAGAGAAGCUACCAGGCAUCCAACAGACCUCAGCUCAGGCCUUUAGCACCCUCUUCCUGCAACUAACAGUGAAUGACCUCGGCAUCUGCCUACCCAUCACCACUACAUCCCAGGUAACCUGUUUGCAGCUUCUGUUCAACAUAGAUCUGGACAUCAAACGACAUUAUGUUUGUUCAUUUUACAUAACUGCAUAAAAUGUACAAACAUACAAGGUUAAAACGAUGUCGGCAGAGAGCUGCAGACACUCAGUUUUUAUUUUUUGGAGAUGGCACUGAAUGACCAGCAUUCCUUUUUAUCAGUUUUUUACAACUCUACAUAGAGAUCAUGGAUUAAAAACAUGUUCUGUUUUAAAGGGAUAUUUCGGCGUAAAAUCAAGUUAUGGUCAAACACCGAGUUAGACACCCCCUCGAAAGAUGAAUGUUGCCGACUGCUUGCUUCUCUAGUUAUACCAACUUUAGUAAUGACCGCAUGAUAGCAAUACACAGUGGUCUACGUCCCCACGCGUAAACCUCAACCAAAAAUCCACUCUUUAGCCACAAAUAAUGCUCAGAACAGCACCUAACUUCAUCAACAGCAUUAGUGAUCAACAGAUCACCAAGUGCAGUGGAGUUUCGCAGCUCAAGGAAGAACAUUUAUGAUUAUAACUUAAUGGAAAUGCAAUCAGACCAAGACGCUAAGGCAGAAGAACUACUGUGUCUGCAGUACAAAAUGAUUAUUCUGAUGAUUAUUAUCUCAUCAGGGUUUCCCCACAAACAGGUGGCUGCUGGAGGAGAGUGGGUGAGUCUCUUUGCUAAAGAAAUAAAACAAGGCAAAAAAGUUGUUUGAUGGCUAGUACUAUGGCUGGGACCCUAUAUAUACUGUUGAUGAAGUUAGGUGCUGUUCUGAGCAUUAUUUGUGGUUAUAGAGUGGAUUUUUGGUUGAGGUUUGCAUGUGGAGACAUAGACCGCUGUGUAUUGCUAUCGUGCGGUCGUUGCUGAAGUUGGUAUAACUAGAGAAGCAAGUGGUCAGCAACAUUUAUCUCUCCAGGGGGUGUCUAACUCAGUGUUGCGGUGUGUUUGACCCUAACUUAAUUUUACGGUGGAAUAUCCCUUUAAAUACAAGAUGCAAUUGCUGAAUUAGUAAUUGAUUUUUUUCUUUGCUUUUUUGUAAAAAAAAAAAAAAAAGUACCACUUAAUAGAAUUGGAAGCAUUUCUCACCUUCUUUGGUGCUUAUUAUCCUCAUCUCCUCUUUGACAUAUAUAAAAACAAAUGCAUUAUCCUUCAGCACUGCAGACUUAAAUAAUUUCAUAGAUUUAAAUUAUUUACACAACAUAGAUAUAAACUUAAAGGGAAAACACAUGGUCCAUAUCAGCUGUCUUGUUAUACUUAACAUUUGUCCAUGGUGACAGGAUACACCAGCUUUUAUCUCACCCUUAUUUCCAUAGAGAGGACCAGUUACCGAGGGCACCAACUCUGAAGCUGGGGCCAGCACAUCAGUAGGCCGACAAAAAAAUGCACGAAAAGUAACCUAUAAUUUAUUACAUCUGCGUUGAUGGCUUGUUGUGGUAAAAUGACUUCCUGUGAUCCAUCCAUUUUGACGACACAAGAGCACUUGUUUUCCAAAGUGAUCUAAUAAAAUAUGGCUCUGUGACUUUGUAGCAAUCACAUGUAUUCACUAAACUGGCAUAACAACUAAUGAAGCUUGAACUGGUGUCUGAGGUGUAUGGGUAUGUAGUGAUUUCUGGAAAGAGGUUAUGCCAGUUGAUGUUCAAAGCAUUGCUCACCUGCUGCUAAUUUGGAAAUGACAAUGUUUCGUCAGACUAAUCUCUCAGUGGCUGCCAUGAAAAUAAAAAAAAUACUGUACACAAGAUGAGAUCUAAUCACAUAGUGCUGUGGUGUGCAUGAUAGGCUCUGUGCUUUUGAAGGACAAAACCACAGACCUGGGAAAAUUUACCUGAUUAAUUCCGCAACAACUUCUGCAUAAACAGAGGUCUGAUUUUGUUCAGUCAUAAUUGGAGAAAACUGCAGGAGUUAGAAGGUAAAUGAUACCUCAGCUGCCUCCAGUUAUGACUGGUGUGAUAAUAAGACCUUAAUUUUGGCACCUGUUCGGGUUUAUGAGCAAUCUUUUUUCAAAUCCUGUGAAGUAAAAGCUAACAAAACAAUAGCUCGGUAACAUUUCACUCACCAGCAUAUUCAUGGACUGCUGUUACUGAACCAGUAACAUGUUAAUGUAUUAUUCAUUUAAAUUUACAUGAAAAUGAUCAUACAAACUUUACCAUACAGUAAUGUCAUGAUUGAUUUCAUAAUCAUAACUAAUUAGGUGGAUGAACAGUGUUAUUGAAUGAAGUGUUACCAGCUAACUGUACCUCUUUCUAAAUCCUGUGGAGGCUCUCUUGCUAUUUAUCUCACCCAGACUUGAAGCCUGCAUAACCCCUCUCCUUGCCCCUCCCUUGCCAGGCCAACCACAGCAUUGACUUUGACACUGGCUCUGCUUUGGUCCUGACUAUCGAGAGCACACUUAUCACCGCCUGCUCCUCUGAGUCCCUGGUAAGCAAAGGCCACUUCAAGAAUUUCUGCAUCCGCUUUGCUGAGGGCUUUGAGACCUCCUGGGAUGACUGGAAGCCUGAGAUCCGAGGAGAGCUGGUCAUGAAUGCCUGUGAGUGACGUGUAAUGGAUUUUUUUACUUAUGUGUUUAAUGUAUGUCUAAUCAUGUCACAUUAUAGAUAUAAUUAGAAAACUCACUUUUAUUUUCUGUGUAAAGGUGUAGUCCCUGAUGGUACAUAUGAAGUAUGUUCCAGGACUACAGGGCAGCCCUCUGCAGGCAAGUCUUGUUUACCAUGAAAACGUGGAUCCUCCCCUGAUAAUCUUUAGAAAGUUCAAUUUUGCAAUAUUUUUAAACAUAUUUUGUACUUUUCUAUCUCCUCUCCUUCCUCUCCAAAAAGCAGAGAGCAAUAGUGCUGGUACCUGGACUCUGAAUGUGCUCUGGAAAAUGUGUGGUAUUGAUGUCCACAUGGAUCCAAACAUUGGCAAGCGCCUUAAUGCACUAGGUAACACCCUGACAUCACUGACAGGGGAAGAGGAAGUAGAUGACAUUGCCGACCUGAACUCUGUAAACAUGGCAGACCUUUCAGAUGAGGACGAAGCCGACAACUUUUCACCUACUACCCACAUGGUCAGUCAUGAAUGCAGGAUAAUGAUCCUUGCUCAUUAUUUGAUCUUUUCUCCUUGUUUAUUGUCUUUUUGUCAUUUUGCAACAGGUUGUUCUGAAAUUUUGAAAUGUACAAAAACAGGGUCAAAAAUCAGACAUAGAUAAUUACAUAGAUAACUAUAUUGUAGACUCUGAGGUUACUGAGGGAGUAUAGUGUACACAGGUGGCAGCACCAGUCCAUCUGAUGUUUAUUUCCAUUCAUGCUGAAGGUUACAAAAGGAGAUCACUAUUACUCUUGUUCUAAGUACUGUAUAUACAGGUAGCGGUAAAAUUCCACUCAUACCAGAAUUAUCAUUCUUAAUAUCUACAAUUUUUAAUGAAUUUUAGAAGUCUAGAAUUUGUUUUUCAACCUUUUUUUUUUUUUCCAAGUCACCAGCAGUCAGGUUAAUUCACAGUUGCAGCAAGGGAUUAGCCCAGUCCAGUCCAGGCCAGUCCAUCCCACUGCUAGCUCAGCAAACUAGCUCUCAUUGUCAGCACUUUAUGUCUGUGAAGCGGCAAAAAAUCCAGCCUGUCAGGUCCUCGUAAAAGGCCAGCGUCCGGACGCUCUUUGGAUACCAUAACCUUACAUGACAUAUUUCAUAAGAGAAGUUGAGCACUUUCAAUGCCUGUCAUACAUCUGUAGCUAAAGAUUGAAGGAGCAGAGCAACAGCUAACAACAGCUGAAAAUACAUUCUCCACCACUUUUCAAAACUCUGGGCCAACUCUGAAUGAACAAAAUAAUACCGAGCUCCGUUGCUUGUUAAAUUUCCAGAGACCUGCACCCCUAUGCUGCCUACCAAAGAGAGUAAUCUCCACUGCUAAAGAUAAUGUGACUGCUCAGUGCUCAUACAAAAUCACACAAACCUGAACUUUCUGUUUUUACCGUGUUAUGGCUUCAGACGCUAAAAAUUGUAAGCUUUGGAAAAAUAAACAUAAAAACUUCAAAUCUUGCAGGUUAAGCAUGAAAUAGUUGUUACCUUUUCUUCUCGGUUUUGCCUCUGUGUAUCUUAUUGCAUUUGUAAAAAUAUAUCUUUUUUUAAAUAUAGAAGCGAGACAAGCUCAAACAGACAAACUCCUUUACUGUCUGAAAGGCUAAAAUAAGUCUUGAAAUAAGAAUCUAACAAUGGAGGAAUCAGAAAGUGGUUUGAGAGGAGAAUUGAUUUUGAAUUGAAUAAUGGCCUUACCAAUCAAAUACUUAAAGAUACGCACCCCUAACUGUGCAUCCUCUUAGACUUUUUAGCAUGCCAUGGAUAAAACAUACACGGUAUGUGUUGGUGAGCGGUAGACGUGCAAAGGAGGAUCUUUAAAAUCUUUGGAAAGACCUUUAUUGUCCAGUGAUUUUGCUGUAAUGAAAAGACUUGCUUCUUUGUGUUGUUAGGAAUGCCGCUUUCAUGUUUGUGAAAUAUUUAUAUCUUGACACAAAAGUUAACCACCAUAACUACAAACAUACAUAUAAACCUUCUUGACUUACCUCCAUGUCCAGGGGGUAAAGUUUGACCUGAGUUGCCCUUCCUUCGAUCUUUCCAUCCAUUUUCCCCUAACAUUGUUUACAGAGUCCAGAAAGCCAGUUUAGCCCUCGACUGACCUUAAGGAAACGUCUGGUAAACCACAUCCUGGGCCUCACUCCAAGGCCUCAGAGUGUGUCUGUCACUGCUGACAACUCAAACUGUGCAUCACCCCGGCUCCGAGCAGGCAAUCCCAGGGCUCAGAGACCUGUCUCCUGGGCCUGUGUAUGUAGCCCCCCUAUAGUGUUAAUCUCUUCUCUGGGCUGGCAAGAUCACUUCCAAGGUGGCGUUACAUCCCAGUCACCUGCAGUUACCCAAUGAGGGUUAUGGAUUUCAAAAUGCUAAGCAACACUAACGCUCUAACUCAAGCAUGUUGAACAGGGAACAGUGUCGCUUAGCAUCUGCUUUCAUGAUUGGUGAAAUUAAAUCAGUGAGUGUUACACAACUCUUUGUGGCUUUUUUUUUUUUUUUCCUUUUUUCUAUUUGCAUUGAGUUAAGUGGUGGUGGUGGUGGUGGUAGGGUCUCCUAUUAUCUGAUAUUGUGUAUGUGUUUUUUUAAACCUGGUGUGUAGAGGGAACUACCUAACUAAUUUACAUUCUAUCAUAACUAUUAACGUAACACCUGAAAUCAGAGACUUGGAAAAGGAUGUGUUAACUGAAGCAGCUGCUUGGUGGAAUUUUUUUUUCCCAGAACAAUUUUUUGCAGGAAUUAAUCUGUGUUUGUUUGGGUUUUUUUACCGGGUUAUCGGUGUUUAAGGAUACUUAUGAUCAUAAAUCACGAUUGUUCUGACCCGACAGGAGACCAUUGACCUCAGACGGCAGAUGGUGUUAGGUAACCAAGUCAUUGAUGCACGUGGGAGAAAGUUCACUAAGAGAGUGGUGGACAUCAGAGAACUCAAUGAACAGGCCAAGGUCAUCGAUGAUCUCAAGUAAGAUAUUUGCUCACUCAUCGUUGUACUCUGAUGUACUCUGAAUAGCUCCAAUAAUAAAAGGCCUCACAUUUCAUUGCUAUAUUGUUAAAGGUAUCAACGAUGACUGUUCUUAUCUUCAGGAAAUUAGGGGCCAGCGAAGGCACCAUCAACCAGGAGAUCCAGCGCUAUCAACAGCUGGAAUCUGUGGCUGUAAACGAUAUCAGGAGAGAUGUCAGGAAGAAACUACGGCGUUCCAGCAUGAGGGUGAGUGCUUGGGCAAAGAAGCUUGGAAACUGUCAGGUGAAUUAGUUUCCCGUUGCUAUGGGGAAGAGGGGGAAAAAAACUACAUGUUUUUUUGUUGUUGUUGUUGUAGUCCCGUUCAUGCAUCCAAUUUAACAAUUGUACAGUGAUUAACUGACACUGCUUUCAACAAAUAAAGCCAGCCAGAGCCAUAGUUUUAGCCACUCAGAGGCACAGAGGGGCGGGCCGUGCCAAUGCAUGGUGGUUACGGGUCCUCAGAUACUUAUCAAAGUUUCGCUAGAUCUCUAGAAAGUAGCGAAAGUAAACACCGUGGAAGAAAUAUUGGUCAAACGGUCAGUCAGUCAGUCAGUCAGACAUCUGCUUGUCCAUUACUGGGUCGCAGGGGGUGCUGGGGACAAGGUUGAUGGUCCAUACACACACACACACACACACACACACACACAGAGGUUAAUGGUGGGGUAAUAUGAUUUAGAGAUGAAUACAAUUUCCGUCAAAAGAUUUUUUUUUGUUUUUGGCUUAAAUCGCUGUGAGUGUCUCUUGCAUUUGAUCUCAUCUUGAUUGUUUCUUUCCAGGCUGCCUCUCUGAAGGAUAAGUGGGGUCUCGGGUACAAACCAAGCUACAACCGUUCUAAAAGCAUUUCUGCAGCAGCAGGCAGACCCUCCCUGAAAAGAAUGGAUAGACAGAGGUACAGUACAAUUUGGAAGGACCUAUGCCCCUGGUUUUUGUAUCUUCAUGUAGAUUAUCCUGUUAAGGGCAAUUAGUCCUAUUUUUACAGGGACUUUUCCUGCAGCCUUAUUUUUCCCAUAUAUAUAUAUUUUUUUCUAAAAUAAAGAUGCAGUGACCUGCAAAUUAGAACCUAGAACAGAUGAGUUUAAGUGCUCAUUUUUUCAUGUUUGUAGUAACCGUGUUGGCACUCUGAAAAUGAAAAAGAAAAGAUUUUGCAGGAGUUGACAUACUGUUGGACCCUCAGCAAUGAAAAAAAAGUAAAUUCAGGGGCAGAAUAACUAGAAAUCAAUCAGAUGAGUAACAGUUUGGGUUAAGAUUAAAUAAUCAGUCUAGAUUUUUUGCAAACAGUAUUUUCUAAUAUCCAUCACCUUAAGAUAAGGAAGUGUAUGUUUUUUUUUACCCUUUGAUAGUUGCAUGCAUGUAUUUCAUGAAGUAUAUUCAUAGUCCUUUUGUGUCAAGUUCUAGAAUUGGAGAUGUGGAUGAUUUACCAGAUAUGCGUGUGGACGCAGCCUCUCCUGGACCACGGGUUACCUUCAACAUCCAGGAAACGGUAACCUUAUUUCUAAAAACAUCUCGUAUGUCUCACAUGCUCAUUAAUUAUGGUAGCUCUAGUUCUAGCUCUACCUAGAUGCUCUAACCAAAUCAGCAAUGAUUGUCAGAGAGUAGGCAUUUUUAUUUUUAUGCUGUCAGUGUAAAGAUCACAGUCUCAUCUUAUCAUUGGUACAAGUGUGUCAUCGUCAGUGUUGUCCACAUGGCUCCAUCAGUUUCGCAGAUGUCCUACAAAGUUGGACAGAUAUGCUCAUUUUAUUUAUGUUUGGAUUGUUUUGGUUUUUUUUUUUUGUUUCCAUAAUGACUCUUUUGCUUAAUUGAAGAUGAAUAAUCUGGCCUUGGACUCAACACACACACCUGUAAGUCCAGGAGAGGUAUUCAAGGUAUAUAUGAUUCCAAAUAUUAAUUAAAACACAUUAAAACUCCUAACCAGCUCUGACAAAUAAUCUAAUUUCCUCAUCUCUGUGAUCACAAUAACCUAAUUGAUCAAAUUUUGAAAUGCAGUCAAAGCAGGAUGAUGAUUUACAAAUGAAGCUCCUGCUAUUUAAGUGGUUAUUCAAUUUGCUUUUGUGUACUUGGUUGUAAAAGUGGAAGCAAAUGUUAUGUUUUACAGUCUACAUCAUAACUCUACAUAUAAUACAAAUAGCUUCCAUCAUUUACAUAUGCAGAGUAGUGAUUUGUCCCUGAUUAUAGUUGGAUAACCCUUGUUUUUAUUUUAGCUUUUGAUCAGUCAAUAAAAAAAACAGGGUUAUUCGUCAAGACUGUUAGUCUUUGUCAAGACUGUUGAUGGCUUGACGAAGCUGCAAAUUCUCCUCCUGUCUUUAGACUGCAAAAGAAAUCCAAAUCAACAUUUCUCUUCUGCUAUGUUGACUCUUAUCUAACAAAUAUGCAUGACUUGCUAUUGAACCAAAUUCUGACAGGCUUAUAUUUACUUUUUGGAUCAAGCUGUAGACUAAGAUAACUGAUAUCUUGGAGCUUGAAGACGAAUCAUGCCAAACUUAGCCUAGGUUAAGAGGACAUGACCCCCUUAACUGUGAUGGUGAGUCAUUAAUGGAAAAAAACACCAAUGGGAGGGUCUUUAGAUUUAUUUGGUUGUUUUACUAAACAGUUGCAUAGUAUACUCUUUUAAUCUGAUAAGUUGGACAUUAUUGUCAAUCCUUUUGUAUUCAUCUGGCCUCCCAACUUGGCUGCUGAUAUGUAUGUCAGCUAAGACUGCUGCGUAAAAGUACUCCUUUUAGCCGAUGGAGAAGGAACAGAAAACUAGAAAUCCUUAAGCAGAACAUAGCUCUGGAUUUGUUUCAAAAACAGGUGUUAAACUUUUAAAUUUUAAGAUCCAUGUCCAGCAGCAGUUACCCUCUCUUGAUACCUGUCUUUGGGAUUUGUUGACACUUGGGCCCGUUUCCAGCUGCCUGGGAUUAUGGUGAACUGUUACAAUAUUUUGAUUCUGUGAUGGGACUCUUUUGGGUGUGUAUCAUGCCUUUCUUCUUUUGGGUGUGGGUUGUGGAAUCCUCUUCAUCUUCCUUCUUUUCUCAGUGCUCUAGCUGAAAGUAUGCAUGGCCUUUGGCUUCUUUAGAGAGCAGCUCCAAACAAGUAGUGCUCUGUCUUUGGAAUGAAUUUGAAUGAAUUUAUUAAUUUCAAACAUGUAUGCAAAGAAGUAGAAUAUUAGAAGAAGUCAUUUACAUCCAAAGAAGAAUAAAAAAAAAGCAUUAUACACAUUCAACAAGGAGUUGGAAGAAUUCUGUACUUUUUACCCCUUACUUUUCCGAAUGGGUAUUUAAAAAUAAUAAAUAAAAAAUUAGAUUAUAUCAAAUUAGAUAGAUAGAUAGAUAGAUAGAUAGAUAGAUAGAUAGAUAGAUAGAUAGAUAGAUAGAUAGAUAGAUAGAUAGAUAGAUAGAUAGAUAGAUACUGUAUCUAUAUCCAUAGUCCAUACACCAUAUAGCAAAUAAAGUAGAAAUGACAUAAAUUAAAAAUAUUGAUAUAUCGCCUCAGUCCAAUAGACAGAGAACUAUCUACCUUGGUUGCUCUGCCUCUUUGAAAGAUCAGAUUUUCUGUGUGUCUAAAGAGCUUUGUAAAGACUUUUCCCCCUGUAAGUCUGACUCUGUCUCCUUCUCUAAAGUUUCCUGAAGAGACAGACGUCGACCUGUUGUCAGUCUCCAUUGAUGAGCCAUCCCAUAGUCAUCAUCAUCAUCAUCUUCAUUCUCCAUCUGUCUUUGAGGGGCAACACUCAGCUUUCAGUGCCCCCGUCACACCAGCUGUCUUUUCACCCACAAUUCCCUUCCAGCACGACGACAUAAGGCGAGAUGAUCUGACCUCUUCCUCAUCCGAGGACUCUGAAAAGGAUGAUGAGUUUGAACGGGAAAGGCCGCCAAGUUACCGGAGGCCACUGUGAGUUAUACCUCUGUUUUUAUCUUCAGCCAAGCAUGUUUAUGAUGAAUGUUAUACAAAAAGAAGUGAAACAUUUUGCUUUUUUUCUUUGAAUGUUUUGUAUUUUAAAUAAAACUUGGCAGCUUUCAUCAUUCAGAUCCCUUUAAUUCUCUCUCUUUAGCCAAACGUCCCACAGGAAGUCCUCAGGGUUUUCUGCUGUGAGUCAGCUUUUCAGUGAGCGCUGGCCCAGCACACCUGCCGGCCGCAGCUUUAGUGGCCCAGCAACUGAAAGGAAUAUUGACUUUGAGCUCGAUGUCCGUGUUGAGAUUGACAGCGGAAAGUGUGUCCUUCACCCCACAACUCAGCAGCCAGAGCAAGAGGAAAUUACCCUCAGGAGGUAUGAGGAAACGCUCAUUCAUUAUUCUGUUAUCACCACCAGUAGGAGAAUAGAAUUUCUGACUCAGGUUUGUUACACCUUUCCUGGGGCCAUGCACUCUGACUCAUUUGUAAUUUAAUUUUUAGAGAGUUAAAUCAGACUCAGUGAUAAAAUCCAGUUGUUAAUUUUCCUGAUAAAAUGUUGAGGCUAUUCCUAAAACUUUGUUUAUUCAGACAGCUUAAGAAAAAAGGCAUUUGCACAACUUUCUCAUACAUUGAACCCUUUGUCCUCUUGGUUUUGUAGGAGCUGUGAGCGCAGUCUCAGGAGUCUGGACCAGGAGUCUCCUCCCAAAAAGAAGAAGUUGCAGCCCACCUACACCUCCACCACCCACCUCCUGGCCGGCAAGAAGUGUCCCUCUUCCUUGCAGACCAAAUCCAAUGACAUGGAAACUACAGUCUUUUAUAUCCCAGGAGUAGACGUUAAGGUCAGCUUCUUCAUCAUCCAGACUUCGACUGUAAACAUUUUUUUAGGAUAAACUUUUUUUAUGCUUCAAAUGAUUAAAUCCAUUCUAUCCUGUCCUUCAGUUGCACUACAACUCCAAGACACUGAAGACAGAGUCCCCAAAUGCCUCUCGUGGAUCCUCUCUCCCUCGUACUCUCUCCAAAGAGUCUAAGCUGUAUGGUAUGAAAGAUAGCAGCUAUCCCAACCCUUCCAAUGCUGUCCAAACCAAGACUAACUCACUCCUACCUCCCCUGCCCCCACCUAUUCCAUCAGGUAUUGAGUAUUCCCUCAUUUUUAAUUGCAUGCCUCCCUUGCACCAUCUGAAUCUCAAUUAAAUUUCCCUUUGGGGAUCAGUAAAGUUCUUCUUAUUUUAAAUCACAGUCUCUAGUGUGCUCCGCCUCCCAGGUCUGAUGAUUUUCAUCAACUACUUAAUUAAAUGCAUGUAACUUCAUCCUUAAGUGUGAGGCAUGAAUCCAGAGGGAAACAGUCAUCAAAGGGCACAUGCAUACUGAUUCAGAAUGAAAAAAAGGGGUGGGGGUGGGGGGUUCAUUUCCUGCUACCAUCUGCUCUGAAUCAUUUAUCAUCAUGUUUUUACAGAGUUAAACCAAAGAUCAAAAUCUGAUCACAUCCAGUGAAUAAUUUGCAAGUGUUGUCCAUAUACGUGGCUUUAACUCCCAUGUGUCUUUGCAGCCAAAGGCAAAGGAAGUGGAGGGGUAAAGACAGCCAAGCUUUACGCCUGGGUGGCCCUCCAGACUCUACCAGAGGAAAUGGUUAUCAGCCCCUGUCUGCUGGACUUCCUGGAAAAAGCACUGGAGACCAUUCCUAUUACUCCAGUAGAUAGGAAUUAUGCAGGUUUGCUUGUUGCACAUCAUGAAUUUAUUGGAUACACCUUAUCAGACAGCCCAGUGUAGUGACGUCUUCUUGCUAUUUUGCAUGUAAGGUGAACUCUUUGUGUUGUUUUUAUGUACUUCCCAUCAGCUGUGGCCUCCCAGGAGGAGGACAUGGGUCAGUUUGACACUGUGGAGCAGCUAGAGGAGUCCACCACCUCCUUGGUUUUUCCACCCACAUCAGCCUACUCCUCUUUCCCUGUAGAUGUAGUUGUCUACGUCAGAGUCCAGGUAAGUGUAGCUCUCUCAGCUAACUUUCUCAUUUAUAUAUUAGAUCCCAUCAAGCAUGGUUAUUUACUCUUCUGCUUACUCAAUCACAGUUUUUCAGUUACACUCGAUCCAAACAUAUUUACUGCAUCUGUCAUUUUUCUAAAACCUCAUUUCCAUAAUUUUAUUGUUUCUUUUAAUUCUUCCUUAAGUUUUAGAUUUGUUUUAGUUUUCAUUUAGAUUUUUUUCAGCAAAACUAAUCAUUAUUGUUCCUGUCCCAAAAGCCAAUUUACUUCCUACUAAUGGUUUAUAGAUUGAAUAUACUGUGCUGUUUGUCCUCAUACAUUCAAGCAUACACAAGGAGCCUGUGCUUGGAGUUUUUUUUUUUUCUUUUUGCAAUAUUUUUCAUAGCUUUCUGAAAAAAUUGAGACUUUGUUUCUCGAUCUUGUUAACAUAUUUACUCUGUUCCUUAGCCUUUCUUUGCUAUGCAUCAACUUGAAAAGACAUUGCAUUGUGUCAGUGCAAAUGAUAGAAAUAUAAAUGCUGUUCUGUGCAGUAUCAGUUUACUUUAUGAUUUACCCAAAUACAAAUCAACAUAAAAUCAAUCAAUCUUUAUUAAUAAAGUGUCAGUGCUGAACAGUGUUACCUCGAGAUGUUCAAUAAAAAGAGUUGGUUGGAAAGGGGAUAGAGGGAUGUACAGAAAGAGAGAGAUGAAUACUGAAAAGUCAGUAAUCAAUUCUAAUUCAUGUCUCAAGCCUUCUCAGAUCCGCUUCAGCUGCCUGCCGAUGUCCAGGGUGGAAUGCAUGCUGAAACUCCCCUCUCUAGACCUCGUCUUCUCCUCUAAUCGUGGAGAACUGGAAACCCCAACAGGAGCCCACCCCUCUGAGGGAUCUCAUCCACCCUCUUCCACUCCCCCAGGACAACAUGUCCCCAAAGUUCCACCCAGUAAAGGUCUGUUAAGUAUUACUGAAAGAGUAUUUUGCAGAUGUGAAUGCUUACAGACACUCUUUAGUAGAGUGUUGCCGCUUUGCAUGUAUAUAUUUUUUUAUAUAUUUUGCUUUUUAGAGUGCAUCUCAGAUAAUAUUUUUUAUUUCCCUUCAGUCCAUUCAUACUUAGAUCUCAGUUUGCCUUGACAAAACAUCAGAUGGAUUGCAUUAAAUGGACUGAAUUAGUGUAUCAUUUUUAGUAGUCUUCCCAACACUAAAGCUGGAGAGCAUUGCCUGAUAAUGAGAUGAAAAAACAAUUCAUGUAAAAACCUAAUCUCAACAGCUUACUCGCCCUAUUUUAAAAAUAGUAAUUACACAUUUAUGCCACAAAUUCUAUAAGAUAAGCGCCUUGUGAACGGUGAGUUAAAACUUUAAAAAAAUGAAUCAAAUUCUAUGUGAUUGCUGGUCUCAUCUGUCUCUGUGUCUCUGCCUUCUAUCAGCAUCACCGUUGCUGGGGAGCCCUCUGGGCAGGAGCCGACACAGCAGCAGCCAGUCAGACCUAACUGGACCUGCCAUUAACUCCUCCGGCCUCAGCUUCACUGCCUGCAUGUCUGACUUUUCCCUCUAUGUUUUCCACCCUUAUGGCGCCGGAAAGCAGAAAUCUGCUGUCACAGGCCUGCCUCCCGGUCCAGGACCUCUGGGUAUGGAAAAGUUUAACUUGUCAUAUUUUGCUGUGCUUAUUAUAAUUUGCUGUUGCUGGUGUCAAUUUCAAAAUAAGUGUGCAUAUCUAUACAUAUAUAUAUAUAUAUAUAUAUAUAUAUAUAUACACAUUUUACAGUGUCUAUCUUAUGGAAAUGGAGCUGUAUAAAGCCACUCAUUGCAGGGUGUGAUAUUAUCACUCGUGUCUGUGAAGGUACCGUCGAUGAAGAGCCAUCAUCAGUAACUGGAAGAAAAGACUCUCUGAGUAUAAACCUGGAGUUUGUGAAGGUCAGCUUGUCCAGGAUGAGGCGAAGUGGGGGCCCAACCUUCAUAGAAAGCUUCGUUCCUCCUAAAGGUGGUAAAAUGGACACCACCCUCAUCAACAUCUCAGGUAUACACCAUCAACCUAGAAGGACAUAUUUCUGUUAAAUGACAUGCUAAAAAUAAUUGUGACUGUCUGUGAUUUUGAAUAUUAGUCUUUGAUAGAUCCUUUUCCUGAAUUGGCAGAAGCUUCUGUCUGCUACAUCAAAAAGGUUCAUGAUACGUCAAGAGAUAUUUCGAUCCAUUCUGUUGUACGAACACAAAGCUUUUGGGUGUUUGAGUAUUUAUUUAGGACACAGAACAGAACUUUAUAAUUAUUCCUAAUAGUAUAGCAUCUACAGGGGAUAAAAUAUUAAGCACAGUCACAGAGUUUUCAUCAACUUAACUGAGGGAGUUUUAAUUCGGCAGUACGUCAAACCAAUUCAGAGUUCAAAAUACAUAUAAUAAUACCAGUUUUACAAGCAUAGAAAUUAUCCAGAGGAGCUUGAUAGACUGAAAAUGUACCUCCCCACUCCCCUGCAGAUCUGCCAUGGAUAAACUUGCACUGAUGAACCUCCUAAAGUUGUGUCCUCACAUAUAAUAAAAUAUGUUCUCUCCUAGCUGUGUGUGAUAUCGGCUCAGCCUCCUUCAAGUACGACAUGAGGCGACUAAGUGAGAUCCUUGCUUUUCCAAGAGCUUGGUACCGUCGAAGUAUCGCUCGACGCCUCUUCUUGGGAGACCAGACAAUCAACCUUCCAGGUGACUACGAUGGUGGUCAUCGUACGUUCUUUUGCAUUUACCUCAAACAAUUCUCAGCUUCUCUGUUACGGUGGAGGAUUGUGUUCAAUCCUUGUGUCUGUUUCUUUUAUGUUGUCUUUAUAUGGAACUUUAGCUACUGAACAGGUUUUACAAAAUGAUUGUUCAUCAGUUACCCUUAGCUUGUAUUCUUCUUAAAGUCUUAUUUUCUCUGUGCUGACUUUUUGUUUCUAUGUCCUUUACUCAUACAUUUCAACGGCUUCAGCAUCAGGCCCUGCCACCCCUGACUCUGCUGAAAACGUCACUCAGCAUCUGUCCCCUGAGUCCAGCCGCAAAGCUUACUGGAGGACCUGGGAUGGGAGCACAGUGACACAGCACAUGCCUCAAUCCCCCAACGUCUUUUCAGAGCACUCUACUGGAAGCAAUAUGUCUCCAAGCAGCUUGGGGCACCUCAAGUCCCCAGCACCUGGACGCACCAGGAGUGUGUCGGAUUCCUCAGCUCCAAGGAGAGGUAUUUAGAAACACUGUGAAAGGUGUCCAACUAGAUAUUGUUCUUAGUUACAGAAAUCAAAUCAAGAAUUCUGUUUAAAAUAAGAUGGUCUUAAUACUCAAAGUUCAGAUAUAAAAGAACAAUAAACACUGUAUGAAAAAAAAAAGUAAAAUGAUGACAAUACAACUUACCUACCCUCUGUCUUUGCCUGGCUUUUAAUUAUAAACCAUUUUUGUCUAGAUUCAGUGACAAAAACAUCUACUCCGUCCCUCAAUAAAAAUGGUAAGGCAGCAGGUCAGCAGGGCUCUCCGUGGGAGACACUGGUGGUGUUCGCUAUCAACUUGAAACAACUCACAGUCCAGAUGAACAUGAGCAACGUCAUGGGAAAUAAUACGUAAGUGUUUCCGCUUAGAGUGAUGAAACCUUCAUGUCCAUCCCGUUCAGACAUGUUACAUCCAAAUUGUGUGUAUAUAAUUUAUAAAUGCUGUUUCAUGGGAGGCUAAUGUAUUAAGUACGAAAGAGGACUAGGGCCACAGGAAGAGAAAAAAAAUAAUUACAGGAAGGAGAUUACAGUUGAAAUUUUGAGAUUAAAGUCAAAAUUUCAAGUUUUGAAAACUCAAAAUUAUGUGAAUAAAGUCAAAAUUUUGAGAUUAAAAAUUGAAAUUUCGAGAUUAAGAAAAAAUAAAACUUUUGACAUUAUAGUCAAAAUUUUGAGAUUAAAGUCGACUUGAAUAAAGUCAAAAUUUCGUGAAUUAAAUCAAAAUAUCAAGAUUGAAGUCGAAAUUACAAAGUCAAAAUACUUCUUACAAAAGACAUACGCUGCAAAUCCAGAGUCAAGCCCGGAACUGUGUUCGGUGACAACUGAAACCAAGCUGGCCUGGAUAAGCUGAAACAGCCUGUGUAGUAUUUUCUCACAGGAAGAAAGACAGAACGGUUCAGGAGGGUUGGCUCAGCUAUAUUGAUAAAUGGGUUGGGGCCCCAGUACAGCCUGACCUGUCUGUCACAGACAAAUGUUGUGUCGUUGGAGCUUCUGUAGAAGGUCACACACAGGUGAUUCCCAUAGUGAAAAACAGGACAACGUUAGAAGAAAAAAAACAUAAUGUUAUUUGCAGAUAGUUUUUAAAAUAUAUAUUAAAUUGCCUAGAAACAAACAUACUGUCCAAAGAUAAAUCUAAACUGGUGUUGUGGGUCAGAUUCAAUGCAAGAAAUUGGUUGGUAUUUUCCUUUGCAGUUAAUUGUGUUUUUUUUUUUCUUUAUACGCUUUUUCCACGUAGAAAACAACUGUGCAUUAUUCAACAGUUUUCAAGGUGCACUCACUCUAAUGCUUUCCUCUACAGCUGGACAACCAGCGGUCUGAAGAGUCAGGGCAGAUUGUCUGUUGGGAGCAACCGGGACCGAGAGAUCAGCAUGUCUGUUGGCCUUGGCCGCUCCAAGCUAGACUCCAAGGGUGGAGUGGUGGGCGGCAAUAUAGAUGUGAACACCCUGGAGAUGGUCUGUAAGUAAACAAAGCAAUAGAUUUUCUAAUGUCUGUAUUUCACCUUGAUGACAUGGAGGUCCAGAACCUGGUGGGUAAAUCCACAUCCAGGAAAUCCAGGAAAAUAUAAUGUGAGCUGCACUGAUUUAUUGUGGAAACAGAAAACACAGUAGUAUAGGGUGAUCAGCUGCAGUAUAGUCUCAAAUUUCCAGGGUUAGGGUUAGAUUUAGGGUCUUACCAGUCCAUUAUACAAAAAGAAAUUCCAGCCAUAGUACACAUGAACUUUAUAAAGACCAACUAUGCUGCCUGCAGCCAUAGAAAUUCUAUGGUGUUAAAAUAUUGCUUAAGAAAGAUUGUUGAUUUUUGUAAAAUACCCUUAAAAUUACUUUUAGAGGAGCAAUAUGUUUAAUUAAAGUGAUUUAAAGGGGCUAUCAUUUCUCAUCACUUUUACUUGAAGACCAAAUUUCAUUGGAAAACAUGAAAAACAAUUACACCACCAAGUAUGUACUGAGGGGAUGCCAAUUACAUCUCUGAUUAUUGUUUGUCUCUUAGCCCACAUCUCUGAACAUCCCAACCAGCAACCCAGCCAUAAGAUCCAGAUUACCAUGGGUUCCACAGAGGCCCGUGUGGACUACAUGGGUUCCAGCAUUCUGAUGGGAGUAUUCAGCAAUGCUGAUCUACAGCUGCAGGAUGAAUGGAAGGUCAACCUUUGCACUGUUGACACGAGCAUAUCAGAGAAAAGGUAUGAAUUCAUGUCAUGAGAUGCUAAUCAUGGCACAAACUCUUCCUUUAUUUACUGAUUUAUUCUUUGAUUUGACCCAAAUAUUGAACUUCAGUCUUUUUUUUUUAUCUUUUCCAUCUCUGUGUCUGGUCUGUUUUUGCUCCCAGUGAAAUUUUUGUACACGGAGACUUGCAGUGGGACAUUUUCCAGGUGAUAAUUUCACGCUCCACCACACCAGACCUUAUCAAGAUCGGUAUGAAGCUGCAGGAGUUUUUCACUCAGCAGUUUGAUACCAGCAAGCGGGCCCUCUCCACCUGGGGCCCAGGUUCCUACCUGCCCCCCAAAACCCCUGUUAUCAACGCUGAAAAAGGAGCUGCAGAGCUUUGUAAGCAUGCCUUUUUUUUUGCUAUAGUGUUGGAAGAAAUUAUCUAUUUGGCGGUCAUGCUGGUUACAGGAACUGAAAUGACUUGUAGCUCGAUUUGGACACUAUUUUCAAACAACUGGAUGUAGUUAAAAAGAUUAACAUGAUAACUGAACACAAAUAACAUACUCAGUCUAUGUACAUUUACAAAAAAACAGAGUUAUGACCAAGGAAUUAAAAGACAUCAUGCGCCAAAACCUGUUAGCACUAGCAGUGAAGUUUUUUUUUUCCUGUGUUACCCUUACUUUUCCUUCCUUUUAUUCUGUGUCCCUCAACUGUCCGUGUCACACAGACAUGGAUGCAGCUCAUCACCGCCACUGGCCCGGGGUGCUGAAGGUUAUUGCCGGUUGCCACAUCUCCCUCUUCCAGAUGCCUUUGCCUGAGGAUGCUGUGCAGCUGGGCGGCUCAAUGAGCCUCCAUGGCAAUCACAUGACCCUGGCCUGCUUCCAUGGACCUAACUUCCGCUCGAAGUCAUGGGCGCUGUUUCACCUGGAAGAGCCCAACAUCGCCUUCUGGACAGAGGCACAGAAAAUCUGGGAGGAUGGUGAGAUGUUUCAUGACAAUCUGUUGAUAUCCAGAUUUGUGUGUGUACUCUAGGCUUUGUAAUCAGUCUUUGACAACUGAGUUUUAAUCUCUCACAUUCAGGUUCCAAAGAUGAUUCAACCUACAUUGUUCAAACACUGGAUUUUCAUCUGGGCCAUAAUACAAUGGUGACCAAACCCUGCGGUGCACUUGAAAGCCCAAUGGCCACUAUCACUAAAAUCACCCGGCGGCGGCAUGAAAACCCCCCACAUGGAGUAGCCACCGUCAAAGAGUGGUUCAACUAUGUCACUGCCAUGAGGAAUGAAGGUAAUCCAUUUUUGCCCCUGUAAACCUUUAAUUUUGUCACCUCUAUAUUUACCUCUAAGUAACAGGUUCUGUCUUCACAUAAUAUACCACAUCUUGUUCAUAAUAGUUAAGUGUGUAUGUGGCUUUAAACUCAAGCGUUUUAUCUCUCAUCACAGAGUUGAACCUGCUCAGGAACGUUGAAGCCAACAACCAGGAGAGUGGAGCAGCAGCCAAAAGCUCCAGUCUGCUGAGCAGCUUCCGUGGCUCCUCUAGCUAUAACCAUGAAACCGAGACCAUAUUUGCUCUUCCAAGAAUGCAGCUGGAUUUCAAGUCCAUCCAUGUACAAGAUCCGGAUGAGCCCUCUUUAUCAGGUAGGAGUUGAACUGGGAAAUAAUGCAACUUAAAGGCACGUAAAUCAUUAGAUGGGGUUUCUGUCUUUAAGAUCAGAUUAGUAUCCGUCAGUCAAAACUGCCAUUAAGUAUUGUGCCAGUUUUUCCUCCUGACUACUUCAGCAGAGCCACAUCAACUACAAAUCAUUAGAGAGUGUAAAUAAUUGAUUAAAAAAUAGUUAAUGACAAUUUGAAGGCCUCAUAGAUGUUAAAUGAGCAUCAGGUACAGUGACGAGGAAGGGUGCAAGGAAGGUAUGGAGAGCCCUUAGUUUUAUUUUAUAUAUUUAACCUUCAUUGAACCAGGAAUUAACCCACUGAGAUCUCUUUUCAAGGGUGACCUGGCAAAGAGGUCAGCACCUCACUCUUGAUCAAUAUUACAAAAUUAAGAGAGAAUACAGACAAUAAGAUGAAAACAACAGUUUAAAGGUAGCAAACGAGUUAGAAAAUUAAGUGCAGAAACAGUGGAGAUGGUUCACAGUAAGAACAAAGCGCUGUUUAAUAGUUUUGCUUCAUUUGUCAUUUAAGAUCGAGCAAAAGAUUUCAGAUGAAAAAGUUUUAACUCUGCUGAAGGGGCAGCUAAACUUAAAUGCAGUUUUUUCCAAUCUUAGUAAGUACACGAGGAACAAACAGGUGGAAAACACCAACUGAACGCAAGGCAUAGUGGCUAUUUGUUCUUUGAAGAGAGCUAAGCCCAAAGUAGUUUUAUAAAUAAGACUUAACCAGUAUGUAUAUGUAUGUAUACUUGCAACUGCUCGAGAAGGACCAGUCAGGCUGAGUCUAAAGGUCACAGUCAUGAGUGAGCCGUAAACAACUGGUGACAAACCUCAGGGCCCAGAGAUAAACAGUAUUCAAAGACUAAACAUUUAGUAGAAGUCCUCGUGGACAGCACAUCACUAUAAUCAAGUAAAGGCAGAGGCUGCUGAAACAGGAGGUUUUCUUGUUCUAAGUGAGAAGCAGGAUCUAUUUCUCAAAUUAAAGCCUAGUUUAGAGAAGAAAAAUGUAAUCUCUCUGUCCAACAAUAUUUCCAAGUCGAUGUCUCUUAAUGUGUGCUAGACUGACUUGAUUGGUUUGGACAAGGAAAAAAAUGUUUUUUUUUGUUUUGUUUGUAUUGGCAUACUUUUGUAAGUGAUUAAAAGUGAUUUUGUGUUUCAGACUCCAACAGCAAACCCAAAGUGGAGUGCAGCGUGGUGACAGAAUUCACAGACCACAUCUGUGUCACUAUGGAUGCAGAGCUCAUCAUGUUUCUUCAUGACUUGGUGUCUGCUUACCUAAAGGAGAAGGAAAAAGGUUUUUGUCUCAACAAUACUUGAUUUAUUUAUUUGUUUAUUCUAUAUUUUAGGCAUUUAAAGAACAAAUACAUGAUGAAGGGAAGCAAGCUAGGUCUUAUUUUCACUCACGGGCUCAGAGAGCACAAUGAAGGCAUGUUUAUAAGAUUUCAACUGUUAUAUACAUUUUUUACACUGAAGACAAGGCUCUCAAAGAUCGUUCAAUUCAAGUAUGGUAGCUGAGUAUUUGUUUCAGAAUGUUUCAGCCGUAUAAACAAGAAAAAUCAGACGCAGUGAGGGAAACAACUUCGUUACAGUCUUGCUUCCUGUAUGUCCCCAGCUCUUUUUGCUCCACGGAUGUUCCUGGCUCGGCCGGGCCAAAAGAGUCCUACAGCCCUGCACGAUGACAGCUCCACGGACAAAGAUAAAGAUGAUGGCAUCAACUACACCACAGUAGACUGGAGGGAGUUCAUGUGUAAUACCUGGCACUUGGAGCCGACUCUCAGGUCAGCUAUGUCUAGAGUUUCUCGGUGCAAACUCUCAUGUUAAAGAGUAAAAUUUGGUACAUUUCCCAGUUAUGAAUAUUUAUUAUAAACAGGGAGACAAGAGAACAGGGAAGAGUGUUUCUGAAACUGUCCAAGCUUACAUGAGUCUAGUGAUAACUGUGGAUUUGUCAAUUUUCUCAUGGACAAAUCACAAAAAUCCAGAUCAAAACUUGAUUUAUAGAGCACUUUUCCUGUAUGGACAUUCGACCAAAAGAUCGAGUAAUGUUACAGCCAUGGACAACAACAUGCAAUAAAGUGAAUAGUUGAAUUUUGCUGAUACUAGGUUCCCUUUAUUGCAAGUCAAAGUAGCUUGCUUUUACUAUUUUUAAUAUUUGCAUGAUAUUUGUCUUGGGAUCACUUUUGAAGAAAAAGUAAAAUACUAAGAAUAAAAAAAAAAUUGUUUCUGUUUUUCCAACCACUGCUGCUGAUCACAUUCACCCAUUAUUUCGUUUUUAUUUUUUCACUGGAGGCAGAGUGCUAUUGUAGUGAACUAUGUAAAUUUACAAGCAUUCUCACCAUUGAUGAUGUCAGCAGGGGAAAUUUGGUGCCUUACCAAAGGUCAUUGAGCCCCAACAGAUGCAUGCGUAAUCAAACUGCAUAUUCACUCUGUUUUCAGGCUUAUCUCCUGGACUGGAAGAAAGAUUGACCCAGUGGGUGUUGACUACAUCUUGCAGAAACUGGGCUUCCACCACGCCAGGACUACAAUUCCCAAGUGGCUGCAGAGGGGCGUGAUGGAUCCCCUAGAUAAGGUCUUGUCAGUGCUGAUCAAGAAGCUGGGCACAGCCCUACAGGAUGAGAAGGAAAAGAAAGGUCGAGACAAAGAGGAACACUGAGAAACACUCAAAACACUGGAAUUAAAGCUGUGCAGAAGUCCCCAUAGUCUUGAACUCUGGAUAAUUGUAUUGCAAUAGCUGAUACUGUACAACUUCUUUGUCACUUAUGCAUUUGUCCUGCUACACCUUGUGAGAUCUAGCAUGGUUGUUUACAGAAGUCCAAGCCACUAGCGGCUCUGACUGAAGCAUUUUGCACCAAUGUUAUUUUCUGUAUAUUUUGAACAAAGUAACAAGUGUCAGAAUAUUUGACUCUUAACGGUGACACCCUGCCUCUUCUACCUGUUGUAAAUGAUUUCACUGAAAUUGCUUUUAAGUUUAUUUUAAGACUCAUUAAUAUUUCAUGAGAAAUAAUUUUUUUUAAGCCAUUGCCUUUCUUUGUUUCCCAUGGAACACACGGUAGAGAUGAUUUAUGUAUUUUAUAGUGUAGUUCUAAGAUGUGAGGGCAGUUCAGUGACAGUGAUUUUCAUUUUAUUUUAUUUUAUUUUAUUUUAUUUUAUUUUGUAAGUAAAUCAGUUCUGGGAUGUUAGAGUACACCACUCAGUCUGGAAGAUGACCUUAUUUAAAAUCAGAAUUUUAAACUCUAUUUCUAUACAUGGGUAUGUGAAACGCAAAGUCUGUAACAUACUAGCCUUGUGUGUUAAGAUUUUUUUUCCUUCUUUUUAAUCCAUUGUGCAGAGUCAGUGUUUAUACUUAAGUUUCGUAAAUGUGCUGAUUUCCUAAAUUAAUAAAAAUUAAGACAGUCAGA